AGGUUUUGAAAUCACUUGCCUUGCUCAGGUCUGGAAGACGCGACGAAUGUGAAAAGUUGAUGAAUGAAGUAAAGAAAGUGCAGAUUUGUGACGAUGCAACAUUGCAAGCAAUGACAAUAUGUUUUAGAGAAAUGGAAAAACGUAAGUUUAUGAUGUCCAGACCAAUUUCUUAGCUAGAGUCGUCACUUAGACUGCCUUUAAUCGCUACAGAAUGUAUAUAUUAAUAUAUAGAUUGAUAGAUAAAACCUUCAUUUUAGCAGGGUGAUUGUUUCAGCGCAUGAGAGACGUUGUUAUGCAUUCCUGCAUUGGGAAACAUAACUAUACAGUGUGUAUAAACAAAAGGUAAUCGAACUUCGGCGGGCUAUCGUACGUGAAUUAUUCGGCGUAUGAACAAAAAAUUUUUAUAGUUGGAAAGAUCUGCGGCCGGUUGUUUCAAAGUGGAUUCAGUAGCGCAUUUUUUCAUCUCUGUGCCUAAUUAAGGCAGUGCAUGAGUGCAUAACACAAGAAAAAGCAAUUAAUCACGAACUCAUCAUAGCUUAGCUAUGAUUUGUUCCUACUUGAUAAUAAUUAAUAUGAAUAUAUGCGUAGUUUAAUGAAGUGAAAUUCAUGAACUUAAGUCCUAAAGGCCCAGCGGUUAACUAACUAACAUUUUUUAUUGCAUUCGUAUUUGCUCACUUGUUAUCCAUUUCGCAUGAAGAACAUAUCGUUCGACAGAUAAAAGCUUGAUCUUUCCGAAUAUGAGAAAUUUCUGUCAUACGCAGAGUAAUUCAGAUGCAAUAGCGCGCUGAAGUUCGAUUACCUUUUUUUAUGCACCCUGUAUACUGUACAAAAUGCAAAGAGUAAAAUAAUAAAGUUUAGAUUGAAACGUACAUGCGACUACGUUAGGAAUAAUGGUUGAUAAAUUGUCAUCGCACUUAUUUGUUGCUAAACUAAACUAAACCACACAACACUUACAAAAAACACCGAUUUCUUUCAUUCUUUGUUGUUUCUUGUCUAAGACGAGGCAGAUGCAAUAGAUUGCUCCGUCUAUAGUUGUUCUACUGAUAUGUCCCUGUUUUAAGUGAACAGACCCUUUCAGGCACUUAUUUACUGGUUUUAGGAUAUGCUACGUGUGUUUGUUUAACCGUCCCUCUCAAGGGCUAUAUUGCUAUUAGAGAUCUUCGGAACAAUUCUGGCCGUUCGCCUUUGAAGACUUUCCAAGGCAUUAUUGUCCUUUCUGUAGCAGCAGGCCCAAGUACAAUCACAAUAAUCAAAUAUCGGGAAUAUGAACAAUUUGAAGACCUUGCUUGCUGAAUAUGUUGUUAAAUCCUUUCUUAGCCUGCCAAGUAACCCAAUUCUCUCGCUAUAGCCUUCCAUACGAGUUACGUUAUGUGAGAUUUCCAUGAGAGCUUAUCAUCAACAAGAACUCCUAAACUGUAUCUUUGAGGAGAGAUAAAUUAAAGACGUUGGACUGUAAUUAUCCAUAUUGGAAGCUUUGUCACCUGUGAAUGGGGGUUACUUUUUAGUCCAUAAGAAACUUUCCUUGUUUAUUCUGGCCGAGUCUUUCGUUAGCCAAGGUGGAAGUUGAUCAAUACCGGCUGCUUUAUUCGUUUUAAAGGGUAUAAGCAACAAAAAUUGUUUGCAAUAAAAGUUUCUUUUAUCUGAAAGAGCUUGUGAAAUGGUAAUGGAACAUAUAUUACAAAUCUUUCGUAUCUUUCUUCGUUAUUGAAAUAUUUCAAUGUGUUUGAUAUGCAAAUUAUGACGUCGCAAGUUGGGUACAGAAUUCUGUACCCGGCUUGUGACGUCUUAAUUUGCAUUUCAAACACAUUGAAAUAUCUCAGAAACGAAGAAACAUACGAAAGAUUUGUAAUAUAUGCUCCAUUACUAUUUGACAAGUUCUUUCAAAUGGAAGAAACUUUUAUUAUAAGUAAUUUUUGUUGCUCAUACUCUUUAAGGUUCUCUAUGAUUGAGUAAAAACAAAUGUUUCUGAAAUUUCCGAAAAUUUGAAAGUAUGCGAUGUGUUGUCUUUGGUAGCAGUCUUCAUAAGCGAACAAGGCAACUGAUUAUCUCCAGUGCCGAUCUCAUGAUCGCUUAGGCUAACACUGGCAACUCCAUUUCUGAUAAUAUUGUUUGCACCGUUUGUCGCAAUAAUUUCUAAGAGUAGCCGUGGUUGAGAAAUACGUUUUGGGUCUUUAACAAAUUGAAUGAUAUGGGUAUUCAUAUGAACAGGGUAUUCAUAAACUUCGGAAUGGACUUUAAUUGUUUACAUUCUGAGACGCGAUAUCUGGAUGGUAGAAAGUUACAGUUGAAAUCACCGAAACCAAUUACUUCUUUACCGGUAGCACUUGUAGUGUCGAGGUUCUGUCUCUGCAUGUUGGUCGUUAAAUCGCUAUCAUGGUGUUGCGACAUAUUAGGUGGCCUAUAUGGAAUGUACCGAUUAUAAUUCCACGCUAUUUUGGCAAGAAGAAUUCUAGCCAAAGACCCUCCAAUCCUUCCAUUUCAAAAUUACCUCGCCUUACAAGCAACAACACUUCAUCAACCUAGACUGCAAUACCCCCCACAAUUGUUUUUCCUAUUUCAUAUACUGGAAUCAAUAUUUUAAUAUCUAAGAUCUACUCGUAUUCCACCAUAUAUAAUGUACAUGCACAACAAUCUCAACUCAUCUAGCUUUGACCUGAGGUUUCGAAUAUUUUGAUGGAUAAUCUUUAGGCAACGAAGUUUUACAAGACUGCUUAACUCACAUGGCACAGUCAAAGAACUAGAAGUAGGAUCAUCAGUGGAAUCGGUAGAAAAAUUACACGAUUGUAGAGUGCAGCAUAUGCAACAAAGUUUAGAUUAUCCAUACUCAGAAUUAAGACAGUUUAGGUGAUAAUAUAAAAAAUCGCACUUAGAACAUUAAGCGUUCUUCUGAGAUCGUCGAGUAACUUUAUCACAAAACGGGCAGCCCAAACUAUGUUGAUUUGGACAACGAUUUAGCGAAAUAUUAUUGCACUCACCAGAUUUAUAAACUUUAAGCCUUGACUGGGUGUAACUCGGUUGGACUUUCCACAUUAAGCUGAUAGCCCACUCACGAGAGAUCUUUGUCUUAGCCAAGACAGGAACAGACAAUUCUCAUUAUAGACUAAUUUUUUAUCUUGGCAAAAAUAUAUAUUUCCGGAAACAGCAUAUUAAAACGAGUAAAAUUGCUAAAAAGGUUUUGGUUGCGAAAUGUUGUACAAUGCGGAGCAUAUAUAGCCUUGCAAAGUUCGCAAAUUUUGUAAACUUUUGUAUUCCGCUCGCAAUACAAAAGUAUACACAAUUUGCAAACUUUGCAAGGCUAUAUUUUCCGCACUUUACAACAUUUCGCAACCAAACUUUGCAAUUUUACUCACUUUAGUAUGCUCUUUCUAGCCGGAGUGAUUUAUUUGCAUCUCCUUGCUUAGUUUUUAAAUUAGUCUAUAAAGGGAAUUGUCUAUUGAACAAUUUGGGCGAUAAAUCAGCUCUGGACCAAUAACAGAAUUAAAUAGAUGUUGAAUAGGCAUUCAAUUUCUUGCCACUGACUGCUUCCUCUCUCACAAACAGUAAAUAAGCUAAAAUUAUUUAAUUUUUGGUGUAGAUGUCUUGCUCAUAAUAAAUCCUUGUGAAAUACUUUAGAAACCUUAGUCAUAGGAUUUUUGACUAGCAUUUGUUUGAUUAAGACUGGUGAUAUGAACAAAUUGUGCAUGACAUGAUGAAGGAAAUAUUGAUUAACAUUUUUUCACAUAUCACUGCUUAUCCCUUCUUUUAUAACCAUUACUGUAUUAUUACCAGGGACGUAGCGAAGCAUGUGAAGUUGGGGGUUGGUGUCGUAGGAUUUAACCUGAAAUUUGAACUUCAAUAUGUUAAAAAUUUUCCUGAAAUGUAUUAAUUAUAAUGGAGAAUAUUUUUGAAGACGAGGGGGUAUGGGGUCCUCCCCCAGAAAAUUUUUACAUUUUUGAAGCUCGAGGUCUGCAUUUCUGGCGUUUUCUAAAGCAAAUUUGCAAACGAAUUGGAUCUGAAUGGACUGUAUUUUACAAAAAUACGCAAAUGUUACCUGAAAAUCUCAAAAUUUUAACUUGAAUUUUACCUGAUUUUAACCUGAGUUUCAUAGUUGGGGUUAUACCCCACACUUUCGAUCGCCAAGUCCCUGAUUAUUGCCAUAAAUUUACAAUAGCAGUUAUCCUAAAAAAUUGCAGAUUCUGAAAUAUCUGAAAUCUAUGAAGUAGCCCUUAAAAAGAGCCCAAGAAAUGAAGAAUUAUGUACACAUCUUUUUAUGUCUUAUGUAAGAACGUCACAGUUCAAGAAACAACAACAGGUAAUAUUGAAUAUAAGUAUAUAAAACUUGUGUAUACCAAAUUAGCUUUCGCGCAUUCUGAUUGGCUAGUUGACCAGAUGAAUCUGCGAAAAUUUACUAGCAGAUAAACAGUGACGCUUUUCAAAAAUAAUGAUUCCGCAAAUUUGGUUUCGAAAUCGACGAAAUAUUGAAACAAUCGUCCCCAGAAAACGAAGAACCACGAACAUUUUGUGUUUAACUUGAUAGGUCUUUUAUUUUUACUAUGAAAAACAUAUUCAAGGACAAUUUAAAACUUAUUCACUUGAAACAAAUGGCAAAAACUAUCCCGACUGUUGGGAAAAACCUGCCGUGAUAUUCUUUUAAAAAUCCUAUCGAUAUCUCAAUUUGUACGGUAGUUUUUGUUUUGAUGUGUCAUGUUUUUAUUGUGCUGUAUGGUGUCCUGACGCUGUAUUGUGUUUUCGAAAGUUGUGAAGAGAAAACGAAGAACCACGAACAUUUUGUGUUUAACUUGAUAGGUCUUUUAUUUUUACUAUGAAAAACAUAUUCAAGGACAAUUUAAAACUUAUUCACUUGAAACAAAUGGCAAAAACUAUCCCGACUGUUGGGAAAAACCUGCCGUGAUAUUCUUUUAAAAAUCCUAUCGAUAUCUCAAUUUGUACGGUAGUUUUUGUUUUGAUGUGUCAUGUUUUUAUUGUGCUGUAUGGUGUCCUGACGCUGUAUUGUGUUUUCGAAAGUUGUGAAGAGAAAACGAAGAACCACGAACAUUUUGUGUUUAACUUGAUAGGUCUUUUAUUUUUACUAUGAAAAACAUAUUCAAGGACAAUUUAAAACUUAUUCACUUGAAACAAAUGGCAAAAACUAUCCCGACUGUUGGGAAAAACCUGCCGUGAUAUUCUUUUAAAAAUCCUAUCGAUAUCUCAAUUUGUACGGUAGUUUUUGUUUUGAUGUGUCAUGUUUUUAUUGUGCUGUAUGGUGUCCUGACGCUGUAUUGUGUUUUCGAAAGUUGUGAAGAGAAAAGUGUAUUAAAACUUAAUUUCAAGCAAUAGUUUUACAUUUCAUUUUACCAAUUUUCUUAGCCAUUUCCUGCACAUGCAUAUUAAAGGUAAACAGAAACUAUUUUUUAAUUCUGAUUUAAGUCAUUCCAUUGUUGCAUGUGUUUAUAUUCUAAGCAGAGGUUUAUUGAGAAACACAACUUUGUAAUAAAUCAAUAAAGUCAGACAGGAAGCCAUUUUGUGUGCACAAGAAACACUGCAACACUAAAACAGUGUAACCGUGAACCGACCGAAAAUAGUUUUAUUUCUGAAUUUUAAUUAAACUGAUAUUUGAUACAGUGAAUAUCCAGUAUUCACCUCGCCUUUAUCUCGGUGUCUCGACUUCGUCCCGUCUCGGUAAUAAUCGUAUAUUCACCUCGAAUUUGUUAAUUAUCUGAGUAUUGAUAACUAAUAUAAAAUAGCUAUUUUCAUAUAGUAUUAUAGUCGAUGGAGAGUUAUGCAUCCAUCACGUUUUUUUUUGUAUCAUUCCAGGUAGCAAUGAGUUUGUAUAAAAUGUUUCAGAAAAAUCCUUAUUACUUCUGGGUUGUCAUGAGCUAUGUCCUGCAGGUUUGUUGAAGUCUAAAAUGUUGGUACCUCAUGCGCAUGAUAGUGUUUUGAGAAAAAUAGAAUAAAUAACUUCUAUUCUGCAACCAGGUAAUAAAAGUAAAUUAGUCAUGCGGAUUUUGCAUGUCAAAACAAAGUGUAAGCAAAAAUAUUAAAUGUCAUUGCAGUACACUGGUUUGAUAUGGAUGCUAGGUGAUAAAGACAAAACGCAUAAAAUAUAUUAAACAUUAUUAACAUGUUGAAUUUUUGAGAUUUGCCAUCAAAUGAUAAACCUUGACAAACUAAUUUAUACAAAAUCUUUAUUUUAUUUGCACAUUUUUAAAUUAUUACACUUCUCGAAGGGAAAGGGUAUUAAAUCACAAUUUUUCUGUUUUCCGGUCGAGAAAACGACCUAUGUUCAUGGUGUUUACCGCUUACCUAGAUCGCUGGCCGACCUAAAAUGGCCGCCGUUAAUAGAGUGGACGAUAACAAACAGCAUGUUUUUUACUUUUUUGUUUAAUAUUGUUACAGUUUUCCUUGAAUUUUGCAACGCAUCAUACAAGAGAGUAUUCGUAGUAUAGUGUUCAGUCUAUGUGUGGGUAUUACAUUGGUAAGGUCCUCGCCUGUCUACAGACAUUUUGAAUUAUUUAAAAUUCUUAGUUUUAUUAUACGGGCAAAAUUGGCGACAAUGUUUAUUGGUUAUAACGUAUUAUCACUGUGUUUCCUCCCAGAAAUAAUUAAUAUAUAUACGCAGUGGUCUUCCUUGACCAAUUGGGAUAACGCAUUAAGUGUUUUUCCGUGUUUGACGUUAUUAUAUAAGAAAGGUCUAUUGCAGAUCAUGAGUCAUGACAUUUUUUUACUAAUUGAAAGGCCCAAAGGGAAUACAAAUAUAAAGUCAGUUAUUUAUACUAAAAAAUGACACCAUUGCAAUAAUACGUAUAGCAUUGUUAAGAACUCCGAGACGAGUUAUAGAGGAAAUGGUCCAGUCUGGGAUAUUGUUAUAAAUAACAUCACGUGAGAUGAACGUUUUAUGAACAUAAUAAUAAUACUAGAAGCAUUUAUUUAAACACGAUGGUAAAUUUACAGCAUAGCUGAUGUGAUCGUGCACGUGAAACUAACUACAAUAUAGAAAUAUAAACAUAAAUACAUCUACGUGAUCUAACAGAACAACAAAUUACACGUCAUAUAUCUUAGAACAAUUUUACACAAUCUCUAUAUACAUAUUAACUACUGGCGUCCCAUUGUAGCACAAUUGUUAUAUUAUAUAUGACUAUCUAGUGUUUAGUCAAUAAUACCAAAACAUCAACUGUUUAGGAAAUAACGACGAAAUACAUUAGACAUGCAAGUAGAAGUAUACUCUUAGCGAGAUUAACAUGCAUUACUAUAAAAUAUAACUAUAAGGCUAUUAAAGCAGGGUUUGAUUAAAUUUAGCAAUAAAUUAGCUAGUUAUAUAUUAAUUAUUACUGUCUAUAAUUGCAACAGCCUUGACAUAUACUUUUUGAAUUUAGCAAGAGUUUCAGUUGAUAACUUUCUCUAGCGAGUUCCAGAGAGUGACAGCCUGGCAAGAUAUGGAUUUUUUCAGACAGUCCGUGUUAGGUUUCGGUAGUCAUUUUAUUUCUAAGUUCAUAGCGAUGGCUACUUUUUAUGAAUAGAGACUGCACUGUUGCAGGAACUAGAUUAUAAUAGUUUUUAUAAGCUAAGUAUAACAGUUGUUGUUUAAACAUACUAUUCAGCGUAAACCACUUUACUUUGGCAAGAACAUCUUUUCUUGAGGUGUACCAAUCCAGGCCAAAGAUGACUUUCGCUGGCCGAACAUGCAUGUAUUCGUUCCAACUCGUCGAACAAGAUCUUUCCACAUGAACCCCAUAUCAAAAUUCCGUAUACGUGAUUGAAGGUAACACAACUUUGAAGUAAAAAUCUAGCUUCGCAUUAAUUGGCACGAAGUACAAUGAUUUGAGUAGAUUGAGUUUUUGAGCCCAACAACGCGCAAGCUAGGGAGAAAAGGAAGUGAUAAUCUCAGUUAUAUAGUUAUUCAGCUAAAAUAUAUACACCCAGUGGUAGAUAGAGUUCUUCAUCAGUACCUAUAUGUUAGCCAUUAAUUGAAACUGGCCGCUAUCGCUGUAUGUUCCAAGAAUCCCGACUGAAUGAAUACGAUAUUGCCGCGGUUAUCCAUUAUUAUUUGGGUUGAAAAGUUGUGGUAUCUGCAAUGGCGACUGUAAAAUAACUGCUGAGGUUCAGUCUACGGUCUUCGUAUCCUAUAACGGAUUCCAUCAAUGACAGCCACUGCCCCUGGAAACAUAUCCCUUAUCCCAAUGAAUAGCCAUUUCCAACCAUUGUUCCGCCGCUGGCCACUUUACUUGUUCUUUGAAAUAGCUCCAAAGAACAGGAAGCAGAAACACAAUUUCUCUUUCAACCGUUGUUGGACUGAUCAUGAACAACCCACUAAGCAUUGCAACUUCUGGAAAUGAACAUCAAAAGUAUUCUGUUCCAAACAUCAAAGGUAAAGGGGUUCUCUCGUACUCUUAACCGCCGGCGUCGGGUGUACAUGGUGGCAUGCAUAGCAUCUCGUACAAUCUGGUUGAAGGAUUCUACGCUUUCGCCGGUCAAACUUCAAAAUAGGCGUUUGCAUCUUACCAGUUGAUUGUAAAAGUCUCUUCCCGGGAAAUAAGAGCCAACAAAAUCGGGAUACGGAAUUCGAUCGACGCGAGCUCUCGGUAAAUUGGAUUGGGCGCAUUGUUGGUCGUCGAACGCACAAAAAAGCUGCCCAACAAGUACAAUGUGUAAUGACUAAUUAUGUAUGUAGACAGCCAUAUAUUCCCAUUGGUAUUCUGCCAACGAUUUAAUUUGAAUUUCCAAGUUAUGCAACGUUGAUUAAUGCACAUUUGUUUAUUGCAUUUUAAUGUUAAUUUGGUUGUACCAAACAUGGCAUUUCAAUGUUUUCGUGCGGCAAGAACUGCAGACGAAGAAAGGUGUCUGCUUGCAGACGCAACACCAGACCCAUUGCACAUGACAUCACAGCGUCGGUUACCAUGCAUCUGGAGGACAAACGAGUAAUCUAUGCACAAUAUAACUUUUGUAAACAAAGCAAAUUUUGUAAAAUUUUAUAAUAAUUUUGUAUUGAAAUGGUUAAUUUUUGCGCUUUGCCGAACAGAUAUUGUUAGGGAGCGUCUGGAGGACAUUCUAAGAAUUUGUGACGUCAGUGUAAUGGGUCUAUACGAAAUGGGCUUUGAAGCAAAAUGAUGAACGGUAUACCCGCCGAAAAGUUUGUACUUGUUGGUAUGUGCAAAAAAUUGCCAUUUACUGGAGUUGAGGAAGCAUAAUGGCGUCAGUAUUUUGGCGAAAGGAGAUCGAACGUUAGUAGCUUUGGAUUCGCUCAUCUCUGAAUUUCAAAAAGUGGCAUCGUGGUAGCAUGCAAGAAAGAGGAGCGCAAGGAAGUCACAGCCAAAGAGGAGAGUUUACUCUGGGAGAAAGGACUAUUAGGAGCCACAACAGCUGACUCGUUACUUCAUAUACUGUAUAUUAGGGCCAUUUAUACGAGCGAAAAUAAGUCGCGGCCUAAAUAAGCCGCGAACAACUCGUAUAAACAGUCAAUUUGCAACAAGCCGCGGCUUAUUUAGGCCUAGCUUUCAACUCUGGGCUUAUUUUAGCCGCGGCUGAUUGCGAAUUGACUGUUUAUACGAAUCGUUCGCGACUUAUUUAAGCCGCGGCUUAUUUUCGCUCGUAUAAAUGGCCCUAUUGUUACAAUGGGAAAAUUUUUGAUCUGAGAGCUGGGGAGAAUAGAUUGCUUAGAAAGUGUAACAUAAUCAUACAAGAAAAUUUUAUUAUUUUUGAUGAGCGUCUUUCAUGGUGGAUUGAACGAUUUGACCAACAGUCCUCGUUAAAGUGAAAGUUGAUGAAUUAAUUAGGUCACCAAGACAUCUCUAUCAAAGUUAAUGAUUAAUUAGCUGACUAGGAUAUCUGUAUCAAAGUUGAUUAAUUAAUUAGCUCACUAUUGGACAUCUGUAUCAAGGUUAAUUUAAGAAUUUAUAAUUCAACAACCCCAGCUUUUCCCAGUUUUGAAUUCAAUAUCUCUCUUCAAGCUUAUGAGAAUGUUGAACUUUAUGGGGGAUUACAGAUGUAUACAUGUGACCGAAAUGCUGCGACCUAAUUAAUUAUUCAUGAUUUUACAAAUUAUCAUGUGAAAUAUAGCUACACGGUAAAGCAAGGGGAAAUGGAUGACGACAUGGUCAUUGUGAAUCUUACUAUGCUUAACAUAAAUGCAAUUUGUAACAAUUUGUGCUCUUCUUCAUUUAUAUACCACUUAUAUAUUUUGACGAGUUAGUGGAAAAGAGGAAUGUUGAGGCUCGAUUGAACGUCCUCCUGAACACAUUAGAACAUCUUUUCCAACCAUUUUAUCAGCUAAUUGCUUUGACAGCAACCUGCACCCACAAUUCCUUGCUACCACCGCGACUCUAGAAUGUUUCUUCGUACACGGCGAGGUGGCAUUUUGACAUCCUACUUCUUUUUGCUUUUAUCUACAUGUAGUUUACUUGUUUAGAAAUUAUUGUCGAUGAUAUGCUACAUGCAUGCUAUCUCCAUGAUUUAGGAAUUUUUGAUCAUUCAAUUUUUAACGCUUUGAUCAUUUCCUAUGAUUUACGUCUUUAACUAUACGACAUAUGUGAAUAUGUGCAGGGUUUUGGCACAAGUUUGGUCUUUUGCACAACCUAACAGAACAACGAAAGCGAACAACUAAACCAUGGUCUGGCAGGCAAGGGAGUUAGUGAUAUUAUUCCAGUUGAUCAUAACAAGUUGUUUUGCAGAUCUAGCACGUUUAGUCUUUACUCUUAACUCUUUUCUUUAAACUCAAGGCAUUUUAUUUUUUACCAUGGGAACUGUAUGCAUGGUCGAUAUGGAAUGGUGGCAAAAUCGAUCGGUGAAUUAAUCUACUGUGCAUUAUCUCGAACGAUUUAGAACGCUGUGUGCUAAAUAACGUCAAAUACCGUAUACUAGAAGCAGUCAACAUGGGUUUAUAUCUGGACGAUCUUGUGUGACUAACCUGAUUGAUGCCCUCAACUACGUUGGGUCAUUUCUGGAUCGUGGUGGACAGAUUGAUAUGAUUUACAUGGACAUGUCAGAAGCUUUCGAUAAGGUCAACCACGAUGUACUGAUCCAAAAGCUGCGUAACGACUAUAUAUGGUUUUGGAGGCAACCAUCUCAGAUGGUUCCGCUCAUAUCUGAUAAAUCGUAAGCAGCGCGUAACAGUGUCAGGAGCUGCGUCAAUCCCUCUGUUUGUAACCUCUGGAGUGCCACCUCUUCUAUCCACUUCUAUCCACUUCUAUCCUCAGCCCAGCAUUGUUUAUCUUGUUCGUCAACGAUCUGCCAAGUACUGUGAAAUCAAAUCAAGUUCAGGCUUAUCAUUUAAUGGGACUAAAUGCAAAGCAGGCAGUUACUCGUAAUGCAUAGCCUGUGUACAGCCGUUACUCUCGACGAAACGCGCGAGAGAACGUCUGAGUUGGAUGCAUAAUCCUUGUUCAAGUCACGUGGAUAGUUCCCAGAUUUGGGGACCGGCCUCUGAUUGGACAGUGCUUUAUUUGAAUAAUUUAUGACAAAUGAAGCUAUUUCAUUGGUUAAUUAAUAACUAGCAUGCGGUUCAAAAUAACAACACAAAAAUUUUAAAACUCCAGAUCAUAGCUGUAUAGUUAUUUUGUUUAUAUUUAUUGAUAUCAGAAAUCAUGUUCAUAUUGCAGUCUCUUCUCUACCGCAAUCAACUGUAAGUGAGCCACCAUUUUUUAUGAUAAAAAGAGACAGAAUAAGAGUAUAUAUGAAAUUGAUAUAAAAUUGCUGAGGUAAAUACUGUACCCACAUUUAAUGUAUCAUGUAUGCUAAAUGAAAAAAUACAUACAAUCUGUAAAGAAAAUUUAUUAACUUAUGAAGCAAUCCUAUAAUUCUAAGAUGUCCUGUGACUAAUGCACCAUAUAACAAAAUUUUAACGGAACAUAAUAAUUCUAAAUGCUGUGACUAUAAAUGUACCAUAUAACAAAAUUUUAACAUCCCUUAAAAAAACAUGCACGGUCACUCACGAAAAAGCUUUACGAUAUUACUUUGGGCAAUCUUCUAGGAUAUAACAAAAAGAUUUUUUAUCGGACAAUUUUAACUUAUCAACAGUCAGUCAGUCAAAGUCAAACAAACGGUUUCUCUUCACCCUGUAGAAAGCCGCCAUCUUUGUUUUACGACCUGUUCGCAGGCGUACAGCGCUAAUUAGUCGACCUGGGGCCGGUUGUAUAAAACUCUUAAUCACUUUUUUAAUUACUAUUUUGUAGUUAAAUAGUGAUUAACUCUCAAAUACGUGCUUCUUAUUGGAUGACAUUUCCACUUAACUAUGAUUAACUUUAAUCACUUCUUUAUACAACCGGCCCCUGAGUGUUUAACGUACACACACACAACUCGAUAGCAUGUAGUAUCUAGCGCUACGCGCAGAUACAAAAACAUUGUGUUGGGGUGUGAAUAUCCUGUGAUUUAGACAAUGAAUAAUAACAUAGCAACAUUGCAUAAAUAGACACAUGCAGUACAGCAAGAAUAGAUGGAAAUUUCGAGUGUGAAUUUUAGACAUUAACGUAUAAACUUAACACUCGUGAUUUUCAUCUAUAACAUCCUUCACAUGCAUCCAAAAAUCCCGAUAUACCUUACCAUGGUAUCACCUUAGAUCAGCCGAUCCUGACCAUUUGUCAUUCGGGGUAUAUAUACAUUAAUUUGUGGUUAGAAGUCAACAACUGGACUCUCUCUCCUCUUUUUAUUUAUUAGGCAAGUGUUUGUGAUGAUGAGAACAUCAAAAUUAACAUGUUGUUACCUCUAGCUGAGAAGAUGAUGUUAAAAUUUGUCGAUCAGAGUAAAAUUGAAAGUGAUGCUGAAGUGCAUCUCUACCUUAUGGUCUUGGAAAUGCAAAAUAAACAGAAGACUGCUUUAGAAGCUAUAAAUGGCCCAUUAGGUAAUGUUUUGUUUUUACCUACUUAGGAAAGAAAUAGAACUAGAUGUGCAUGUGUUAUCCGUGUGUAGAUAGGCAUGAAGACAUGAAAAGUAAUUACUUUACUUCAUCAAUCACAUUAACUAAACAUAUACAUAAACCCAUCCCCAUGCAGGAGGUCAUCGGCAGCUUCUGAGUGUGACGCAUGACAUCUCCCCUCCUUUGCCAACAACGAGGUCAUACAACUUAUAAAAUUAAUGGUAAUUGUGUUCUGUGCCGCCUCAUAGGAUAGAGCUUGACUAACGACAAAGGCUAGGGUGAAUGGGGGUCCUCUGGCUUUCUUUGACCAUCCUGAUAGAUAGAUAGAUAGAUAGUUUUAUUAAGAAUUAACAUUGAAGCCCAAAGGCUUAAUUUCGUUAAUUUUACAAAUAUCAUAGAUCGAUAUUAUAAAAUGUACUAACUAGUGUUCUAAAAUUGAGAAUUACUUUAUACUUGUAGUGAAUUAUGUACAAUAAAACUCUUCCUAUGUUGUUCAAUUCAAAAAUAUACAUAUGCGCAGACUUAUAAUUAUUACUAAAACACUCUCACUGUAAUGCUAAAAUUUAAAGUAGGUUAAAAAACUAGCAUAUUCAUGGUAACACAGAUUCAAAGUUAUUCAAAAAAACUUAUUAGAAUUAUGAGUGAUAAAACUGUUUCUAAAUCUGUUCGUUUUGUGAAAUGGCACGUUAAAUUUCCUAUUUUUACGCAAAAAGUGGCUAUUAUCGUUAUUUAAUGGCGGUAACAAAUCUGUUAAUUUGUGCUCAGGAUUAUUGACUAUGUUCUUAAAAAGUUUUGUUGUUAAUUCCUGUCUUCUAUCGUACAGUGAUGGGUGUUCGUGUUCCUCAAGGCUUCUUUGUAGUGUUGAUCUGGAAAUAUUAUUCGAAAAGCUCGUUUCUGAAGUCUUUCAAGAUCAUCAGACAGAUAUUUGGGUAAUGAGUCGUGAAAUGCUUGGCACGCAUACUCGAUGACUGGUCGAAUGCAGGUGGAGUAGAAAAGGAUUAGGUCGUUAGCUGGUAGUUUCGCUCGUUUUAGUUGUCUUAAAAAAUAUAGACGAGGUGCGACCUUUUUACAAACGUGUGAAAUAUGACUAUUCUACUUCAGGUUAUUUGAGAUGGUUAGACCCAGCAAUUUUACCGAUGUUACACGUUCGACAAUUUUGCCAUUAAUAGUAAUUGGCUGGAAUUCACGUGUGGAUGGUGCGAAGCUUAUACAAAACUCUUUGCAUUUUUAUUCGUUUAUCUGAAAGCCAUCGGCUGUUGAUUUCUGGAUAAACUCAUCUACGUACUUUUGUAAGUUACUUGGGCCAUCGCUACAAACUGAUUCCGACAAGGUUGAGUCGUCAACAUAUUUCAUAUAAAUCAUUAACAUCCUUAACACUUAGAUCAUUAAUCAUAAUACAAAAUAACCAAGGACCGACCUUUGUGCCUUGGGGGACGCCGGCUGGGACCUUGUCCCAUUCGGAAUGGCAAUCUUGGGCGAGUUUUACCCUAUGUUCUCGGUCAGUCAGAAAGUCCAAGAUCCAAAGCAUGACAGACCUCGGUAUGUUAUACUUUGUUAACUUCUCCGAUAAAAUAUUGUGAUCUAUUAAAUCAAACGCUUUACGGAAGUCAAACGUCAUAACUCGAGUUGUUGAACCGUUACCAUCCGUAUCCUUAUUCCAAGUGUGUAGCAUGCUUAUAAGAGAAUAUGUCGUACAACUAUCCGACACUGUCUCAAAUUGUUUACUAUCGAUCAAUUCCAUCACUGCUGGCUUCACAUAAAUCAUUACAACAAAUUCUUCUGCGAGUUUCGAUAGAAUAGGUGUAAGUGAAAUAGGGCGUAAUUGACGAUUGAUAUCCUGGAUGGGCUUUUCUUUCGGUAUUGGAACUACGUCCGCCUUCUUCCAAACUGGUGGUAGGGAACAUUCCCGAUAUGAACUGUUCAAAAUGGCCGCUAUCGGGCCAGCUAAUAGAUCUGCGUUUUCUUUUAAGAGCCACGACGGUAUACCAUCCGGACCGUGAGCUUUUUUGGGAUUAAGUUUGAGAAGAUUUUGAAAAACAGCAUUCGAUGUUACAGUAAUUACUGUAUCACUUUGUGCAGGUUGGAUGAGAUGUUGACGAGGAUAACGGCACAUGUGGGAUAACAGCACAUAUCUAGUCAUAGGGGGCCAAAAAGGCCUUAUUAAUCUCGUUAGCUAAAUCUCUUUUAUCUGAGCUAGAAGGGUCAUCUCCUGGUCUCAGAGCUUUCACAAUUUCAUCUGAGGUUCCCCCGAUUACAUUCAUUCCACUAAGCUUUUUAACCUCUUUCCACCAUGCUGAUGGUUUACAUUGUUUUAAAUGGUGGACGCUAUUUUCGUAAUAUUUUGUCCGACAUUUUUUUCUUUGGCGGUUGAUUUGAUUCCUCAGCUUUUUAAAUUCUGUAGUUCUUUUCUGUUAAGGGCUUUUUGUCGUUUCCUUAUAAGACCUUUCAAAGUCGUGUUCAUCCAUGGAGGUUCAUUUAGUCUGACAGUUUUAUUACGUAGCGGCAUAAUUGAAUCCAACCCAUUGUUGAUUAUUGUUUGGAAUAGGGAUGUUUUUUUCUCUUUACAUGAGUUGACUGUGUUAAGCAAGGUAGGAAUGUCUACCAUCUCUAUAUAUUUCCUUACAGCAAAGCGAGAACUAGGUCUCAAGUCUUUCACUGAUGCUGUUGAUGUUCCUUGAACUUGUGACCGUUUAAUUGGUCUAGUCUCAAUGGUCACGUGAUCGGAUAACCCGAACGGAGCACAUUUGGUAGGUUUGUCGUAAUAAGUGCUAAGGUUUGUUAGGACUAUAUCCAGCGUAUUAUUCCCACGUGUGGGGAAGUUUACGAGUUGUUUCAGAUUAUAACACGAUCUUAGUCUGGACACGUUUAACUUAUUAAAUUCACCAAGGAUAACAAGGCCACAGUUGGGAAAACGCGACUCUAAUAGUGACAAACAAUUUGAAAGAUAGUCCAACGUGUCUGAAUUGUCUGCGCUGGGAGGGUGGUAUACUGUGCCAAUUAUCAAGUUAGUAAUUCCUCUGGGUAGUAUUCCUCUAUUAGGUCGGAUGUUGAUCCACAGUACUUCAAAUGAACUGUUAUAGAGUUUAUCAAGCACUGUAAAAGCUAUGGAAUCUUUUAUAUAAACACAAACACCACCAUGGGUGCCUUCGACCCUGUCUCUACGAAUUAGGUUAUAUCCUUGUAUACUGAUGAUAUUAUCGUGAAUGUGACUUUGCAGCCAAGUUUCUACCAAACUGACAAAUUCGUAAUUACCACAGCGUAUUACUUCACGUACUUCUUCUAUUUUUGGAGACAGUGACAUCACAUUUGAUAGCAGAAACGAAGGGACAUAUUCUGUCUCGGACCCCUUAGGUUUAUUGGUCGAAAGGUCUAUAGAAAUAGCGGGGUUAUGUCCUUUAAUCUCAUGUAUAUAGUUCGAUUGAUCUGUACUAUUCAAUACAACCGGGGAGGCCAGGUAGGGACAUUAAUGGGGGGAAGGAGGGGGUCACAAACCUGGGGGCAGGACAUAAAAAAGGAAACCUUACGUCUUGUCCAAUGCUUGGUUGACAAAGGGGAGCGGGUGGGUAGAUGGGGCAUAUGGAGACAUAUUUCUUGGUCGCGCUGACGGUUGGGGUUGUAUGGGAUGUAGAAAGUUGCAACUUGUUCCUUUCAGACAAAAACCUCUUUUCUUCAAAAAUGGACACGGCACUUCACUUUUAAGCGCAUUCACAUUUUUUUCUCUGCCAGGGUUUUGGUGAGAAUAAUCGCGUUUGCUUUGCUUUUACACACCAACCCCUUCCAAACAAAUAUGGGCACGGGAUCGAGCUUUUUCGAGUUUGCUGGAACGAUUCUUUAGGCGUUUUAUUAGUUGUAGUCAAUUUUCCUAUUUCAUGUAAUUGUUCUCCGCGGCAGGAUGAUGGUUUCUCAACAGAUAAGUUUAUUACAUUAGCCGACUCACUGAUGUUAUUUUCGUGAUACUGAUUACUAGUACGAGUGGAAGGUUCGUCGUCUUUGUUAAUUACGAUAGCGGGAUUGAGGGCUUUGUUUUCUGCAUCAAUCAGUUGCGGUUCAUCUAAAAGAAUUAGUGAAUCGCCUGAUGCGCAGCCUUUGUUCUCAUGGAAUUGGUUGUUUACAAUAGAGGGUGAUUUACAAACAUUGUUAGCAAAGCUAAUUUUACCCCCAGUAUUGUUUUCCUGAUUGUUAUACGAUGCGGCAGGGAUUAAAUUUAUAAAAGAUUGUAAUUUCGACUUAAAAAAUGUAUUAUCCUCGUAGAGUUUGCAUAUAAUUUCAUCUUGUUUUCGGAUAGUAGCUUCAAUAUCACGUUGCUUAUUUCGGAUUAAACUUAGUUCUGAAAGUAUCUCGUCGCUCGGGUUAGCCAAGUUAAGACGUGAUUCUAGGAUUGCUAUAUCCAAUUUCAAACCUUCCAAGCUAGCUACGGCAACUCCGCCCGAGCAUUUACAACUACAGCUACACGGUUAGAUUGUUGAGGACGAUUCGUACUUCGCAUGGUUCUUAGGUGAUCUCUAAAUGGUUUCAUUGAACAAGGGUGGUACUGGGCGAUAUAUCUCUUCGGUUUUUUGCGGAAACACGGAAUUAACAAUUGAAAAAUGAAAAGGUCGGCUGAUUUUUCUGCAUUGGUGGAGGUAAUGCGAACUGAGAGAAUGGUAUUAUUAGUUGUGUUAGAAACUAAUAAUAAUUUGUUGUGGGAUUCCAGAACUUAGUGCUUGUUUUAAAGAGUGACCAUGGGAAACGUUUUGGAUUGGAAUACAAUGUUUCUAUCUAACAAUUAAAUUAUUUUACAAUGUUUUUGAAAUAUUAAAUUGAUUGAACUUCCUUAGCUUCGCGCGGAAGAUUAUUCCAAAAUUUAGCACCACUGUAUUUAAAAGUUAAAACCUUUUUUUAAGAAAUUCUUGUCUCGGUUUAGGAUCAUUUCUGAGGUUAUAAUAACUUUGUAGAGAAUUCCUCCUCAUCAGCACCUCAUUCAAAUUUGGUGCACUACAAUUGUUCAGAUUUUUAUAUAAUGUUGCCUUGCUCAUGCCUUGUCUGGAAUCUAAAUUUUCCCAUUCAAGAGCCCAAAAACGUCGGCAGACCUGAUGUCAUAGCUACCACCAGCUAUUAUUCUAGCUGCCCAUUUUUAAAAACUUUUUUAACUUAUCUUUCAGUGUUUUGUUACUUUUUAAGCUUUUGUAACUUAUCUUUCAGUGUUUUGUUACAAGUAUCCCAAAGUGGAGAACAAUAAUCGAAAUAAGGUUAUAUCAAAAUGCUAUAAAUGUCAUAGGGAGUGCCACAAGGGUUCACCCUCGGUCCGUUGUUGCUGUUCGAGAAUCAUCUCUUCAAUGCUUUGACUACUGUAGUUUAAAGAUUGCUACAUUUGCUGAUGAUACGAAAAUCUAAGACAAUCAAUGCCAUCUCUGAUGCAUCUGCUCUUCAGAAUGACCUGUCAGAAUUUGAGGAAGGCUCGACCAACGUCAACAUGGAGUUAAAUGUAAGCAAAUGCAAAGUGUUGAGAGUCACCCGUAAGCACAACAAAAUCAUCUACCCGUAUGCGCUGCAUGAUGCCAUUAUAGGACGGACAGUGAGCGUGUUCUUGGGAUAUUAACUUCAUCUAGUUAUUCGCAGACGUUCUUAUAGCUCUAACCCUCGCUAACUAACGUCUGCUGAAACGAGCUGCACAUUCCAUUCCCUUUGUUUUAGGAGCCAAUCAUCUGGCAGUGUUCAAAAGAGUUAGAUCCAAUUGGAAGCCGCCUUAUUGAGGGUUUAGCUACUGGGGAAAGCCCUUGCACAUGGGAAUAUAUUGUUUGGGUUGAAAUUUGUUUACUUGCGUGGAGAUAUUUUGGAAACUAUAGCCUUGAACUUCACGAUGUUUACGUAGAAUAAUAUUGUGAUCAUCUUCUCGCAUGUUCUGCAAACAACCGGCGUAUAUAAAAUGCAAAAGCUAUGCAACAGGCGAAAUUUUAAAUUUUGUUAACAAUGACAAACAAGCAAUCGGGAAACUCGAGAACGAGUAGAUCGGGAUAUGUCCAAAUGUUGCUAUUCAAUUUUUCCGAUAUGCCAUGGCUUCGACGAAAAAUUGUAAAAGAUUAAUCUUUCGUUGCAUGUAGAAAAGUAUAGCGAAGUUACAUGUAUAAACGUUUCGAAGUUUGGGCGAACUGGAAAAGUUUCUCGGGUUUUAUUGUGUUGUGUUUACAUUCAAAAGUCAGAAGUCGUUGCUCAAACAGCAAAUUAGUUUACUUUGAAACUAAUAUUUCGCUUUCUAAGCCACAGUAUUAUAUCAAAUUUUCUGUCUUCUGAGUUCUGUUGUCUUAAAGAUAUAUAUCUGUCAAAAGUUCAAAUUUCAGCGAAAUAUAUUAUGCAUUUGAUGCUGUCGCCACUAGAUUAAUACAGUAUGCCCUCGAGUAUGCCAUCCUGUCCACGUUUUAAAUAUAACCGAACAUCUUUAAUAUCCGAUUCUGAUAAUUAAUGGCGCAUUUUAUUUCCUGGACAAGUAUCAAUGUCUUUAAAUUCAAUUUAUGUGCAAUUUUGACCAAAAUUCAACCGACGACUGCUUUCAAAAUAUAAAAAUAUUUAUGUACUAUUUAUUCCGCUCGUAAAUCACUUUCCGAAAUAUAGAAGGUUCGCUGUGAUUGGUCGAUCGGAGGGAAUGGAAUGUGCAGCUCGUUUCAGCAGACGUUAGUUAGCGAGGGUUAGAGCUAUAAGAACGUCUGCGAGGGAGACUAGCCUAACUUGGUCUAAACAUGUCGAGUACCAUGCAGUGCGCCAAAGCCUGUGGACUCAUGAGAAUUGACGAACAUUUCCUACCUCCACCAGCUAGUGUCAACAGCCAAAGAGAAACAAGAUCAUCCGAUCCUGACCAUUUGUCAUUCAGGACAACACGAUGCAAGACUUCAUUUCAAAAGUCCUAUUUAAAUAGAUGUACCAUAAUGUAGAAUGUACUGCCAAAGAACUUGACAGGCAAUAACACCAGCCGUAGAAUCGCUUGGCUAUUUGGCAUUACAGCAAUAUCAUCGUUUAUUUUACGAAGAUUAUGCUUUGAACCAAGUGAACGUACAUCAAUUUGGUUUUGGUCGAGUGAUGCUGUAAUUUGUUACACUUGUUAGCCAUUCCAUGAGUAAUUUUAUUCAUAUCGAUAUUUAAGAAAAAAAUAAGUUCCACAAGAAUUCUUAGCUGAUGUAAAUGUCUGUGUUUCAUCGCCAUAUAAGCACAAGAUAAUAAUGGCCCUAAGAUAGAUCGCUGAGGGACUGCUUCUAUCUUUUUGGAUGUUGACGUCAUGCCAUUGACAAAACACACUUGUUCCCUAUCAGAAGUGCAGGAUUUAAACCACUUUAAUUCAAUAUUUGAAACUCCAAAUUGAUUUUUUAUUUUGUGUAACAAGGUAUUAUGGUUUAUGGAAUUAAAGGCUUUCCAAAUAUUAGGAAAAACUACAGCGUUCCAGACGCCGUUAUUAUUUGCGUAUGGAUAAUUCUGGGUCCUCUACUGUUUUUACUUCACUUUAAUGGUGCGUAUUUGCCUUUGAAACAUUGUAGAAUAUUAUAAAUGCAUGCAGAUGACACAGUUUUAUAUUAUGCUCAUAAAGAGGUUAGCGUCAUUGAAUAAAAGAAUGAGCCGAUGGUUAACCUAAAAAAAGAUAAAAGGGAAUGAAUUUUUUUUGGAACCGGGAAAAACGUAUCCACAAAUUAUGACCAUGUCCGGAAUGUUAAGUUCAAAGAAGAAUUGGUGAACAAUGUCACUUCUUAUUCCUAUUUGGGAAUUCUUCUUGAUCGAACAUUAUGUUUCCGAGAUCAUUUCAACAAAAUCUAUUGCAGAGCUUCUGGAGGGGUCAGGCUUUUAUGGAAACUGAGAAAGAAGAAAAGUUGAAAAGCGUUGAGCGUAGAGUUCACUCCAUUAUCUUCCAAGGUGAGAAUCCAUAAAAGCUGAAAGUCAAAAUUUCAGCAAUUGGUGAUUGUCAAGUGAAAAAUUUGGAAAUUAUUGAUAGUAAUCACGUAACAAGAAAUAACAGCUUGAUAAAGCUUCCUAAAGUACGCCUUGAUUGUGCCAAAAAGAGUUUUUACCUUACUGGUGUAAAAUAAUAAGUGAUUUUAAUAAGUGAUUUUAAAGUUAAGUUACAACUUUUUAGAUGCUUACAUGCUUAUAAGCAUUCUAACUAUAGUUAGAAAUUUUUAUUUGGACGUUGAACUUUUAUAGCUUUUAACUUAUGAUAACUAUUUUUUAUCUAUUUUAGUCUUGAAUAUUGUGUAUUUUUUGUAGAAUGUUAAUUUUGCAUUCAGUUGUUUUUAAUAGGACCCUAGUUGAUAACAGUGAAGAUCAUUGAUUAGGCUUACUGUUUAACUCAAUGUUGCUUUCAUCUAUUAAUUCAGAAAGGCAUACGAGACAGAGGGCUGUAGUCCCUUCCAUCCCCCUGUCAGUGUAAAAGUUAGGAGAUUCUACUUAGAAAAUCGGGCAUUUUGCUAGGCCUGCUUGCCUCAGUACAAUGUAUUUUGUCAUGAUAUUAAAAUGUUUAGCUCUUUAGAUAUUUGUUUCUUUAAAUUAUAUUGAAAUUGUAUGCACUAGAGUGAAGGAGUUUUCGAUGUAUCUUAAAGAAUGGACUUCAGAAAUUCUAGCAUCAACUGUGUAGCAGCGAAUGGCAAACCUUUAAUGGAAAAAAAAAUCAAGCUAGUGACAUUAUUGUGAUCUGCAAAAUAUUUCGCUGUGCACAGUAAUCCGGUACUGCCUUUUUCAGGCAAUUGCGAUGACAAUAAAACGUCCAUUGGGCAACCACACAAUAUUCUAUGCUGUAAGCUAAUUGAGUACUUUUAGAAAUUUUGAAUGAAAAUCUAAUACGACAAAUGAAAACCAGAUAAGCAAAUGAAAACCAGAUAAGCAAAGUUAAUGUUUUGGUGUCCUUUCAAAAUAUGACUUGUUCUGUUUAAUCAUCAAGCUCACGUGUGGAACUGAUUUGCCAAUUUUGCCAUUAUCAACAAUAGGUAGCAUGUAUUUAUGUGAAACAUUUUGUCACGUUACUGGCAUUCAGGUGAUACUAUUUUCAGUGCAGGCAUUUCCUGUGGGAGGAACCCGGAGUACCUGUAGAAUUUUCAGUACUGUAUUGACUGGUUCUUUACAUGAAUAUCUUGAGUCUGGAAAUGAGAUUUGAACCCUCAGUCUCGGAGAUGCAAGGUACUUGCUUUGAUGAUUGCACCAGCAAAUCUCCCAGACAAUUAUUCCUACCUAAAAAGCCUUUUUUAGGGAGAUUUUAAUGUUCGAAACUGUGGGACCCAAUACCAAGUGGCCUUUGCUAGAAUCCCAAUGUUCUAUACAUAAUUCUAAACAGUUUUUGCAUUUUGAGGAAAUAUUCUUGCAAUUUGAUGAUUCACUGGGUUACAACACAGUUUAAUUUUGGCAUGCAUAUACUAAUGUUUUGCUUUUUUUAUUUUUAGCAACAUUUUUAUCUUCUUAUGCGAAUGAAAAGAAAAAAAUAGAAUAUUUACAAAAAUUGGAAAGGUGGAGUGAUGUUAAUCUCUCGUAUAAGAACCUAAUUGAAACAAGGUGUGUAUUGUUUGUUUGAAUGGUUGUAGUUAAAGGUGGCUUCAUAUAAUCCGACAAUUGGCUAAUGUUUAAAAUCCAAUCCGAUCCGAUCCGAAAUUGUUUAAUCCGAAUCCGAUCCGAUCCGAGUUUUGAUAAAGAAUUCCGAUCCGAUCCGAAGAAUCCUUUAAUAAAAUAAGUUUCUCAUUAAAGUGGAAAUAUUUAACCAAAUAAAUAUAAAAGCAAGAAAUACAUGUAAAAAAGCUGAAAAAGUGACAUACUUCUACUAAUGUUUUGUUUUUGUCGUGGAUAAUUAAUUCAUUUUAUUUCGAAUAUCGAAGUCCGAUCCGAUCUGACUACGAAAUAACUUUAUCAAUCCGAUCCAAUCCGGAAUGAAUAUUUUUGUUCCGAAAUCCGAACGAAUCAGAUCAGAUCGGAUUUGCACACCUCUACUUCAUACCAUAUUUUCGAAAAAGUAACAAUUUACGACGUACAUUUUUGUUCAUGUAAGUUGUAGUUAAAGUGCACCUAACCUCAAUGACCUUUAUCACCUCAUUCUUUAGAACUUUUGAAAUCAUAUAAUAACUUGUUUUGAAGUUUUCGUUUGUUCACUUUGUUUCUGAGAUAUUUCAAUUUGUUUGGUAUGCACAUAUCUGGAAUUUACGUAACAAAUGGAUAAUUAUUUAAAGUAAAAGCUUGUAUGUCGUAUUCACUAUCGAGUUUUAAUUCAUUAAAAUGAAGUUUGGAGUUGUGGGAGGAUCAUAUAUACCUAUGUAAAACACCAUAUUUAACUUACCUGACAUUAUCUGAUCAGUCCUUAUUCAUAUGUGACAUACAUUCCGGUCAUUUGCAUAUCAAUAAUGGGCUGUUUGCCUAGAAAACGAUUUUCAUUAAGCAUGUCUUGGAACUGAAAUAUUUUUAUGGGAACUAACACUUUCAACCACGCUGAGUUGAAAUCCGACAACUGACCGCACCGUAGACCCGCAGUUUUCUCACAAACUGCUAUUUUAUCUUCACUAAUUUCAGGACAAAAUUUUUUCAUUGUUCAACGACACGGAUGGAUGAAGACACACGAUUGCAUAACUCAAAAUGCCCAAUAAGGAAAGAUAUGUUGUUUACGCAUUCGAGCAAAACGGUCUUUUGUUAAAAGGAAGACUGGUUAAUAGAAAUUGGUUGUUUUGAGUGAUAUAAUCGUAUGUCAUCGAUCCGUGUCGUUGAACAAUGAAAAAAGUUGUUGUGAAAUUAGCGAAGAUAAAAAAGCAGUUUGUGAGAAAACUGUGGGUCUACGGCACGGGAAUUGGGAUUUGAACUCAGCGUGUUCGAAAGUGUUAGUUCCCGUAAAAAUAUUUCAGUUCCAAGACAUGCUUAAUGAAAGUGAACGAUAUCGGGAGGCAGCAAACGGCCUAUAAAACUGAAAUAACUCGGAGACGAAGUGUGCAAACAAAAAUCUUCAAAAUAAGUUAUUAUAUCAUUUCAGAAGUUCUUAAGAAUGAAAUGAUAAAAAAAAUUGAGGUGCAUUUUAAACAUAUUGAAAUAAUUUGAUUUGCUUUCACAACAGUUACAUAACUGCCAUUACUAUUGCAACAGUGACUUUUCGAAUUUUUUGUUUUUCUAAAAAUGAGAAAUAUUGGCAAUUUUGGGUGGAAGACCAGCGUAACAAUACUAUUUAUAAGAAAAAGAAAAUGAACUAAAUCAUGUGUAAGUUUGCAAGCUUUUUUUCUAUUGUAUUAAAGUUAUUGACUAUUUCGAUGAAUUUUGAAAAACUAUUGAACGAAAAGUUUCCAAUUAUUGGUAAAUAUGCUUAUUUAAAAUAAAUAUCGGGAUGUUGGAGCAUCUCACUCGAUAGAACUAACAGUUGAAGGGUUGUUGUACAUGGAAAUUUCGAGCGGAAGAGUAUUUAUAAUAAGCAUACUUUUUCAUCUGACAAUUUUUCAAAUCCUGUAAAUAAUUUUCUUAUACUAAAAGAAAGCAUUUCAUCAUAUAAAAUCUGUCUUUAUAGCGAUCUUUACAAAAAUCUGUGUAAUUUAUAAAAAUUUAUCCUAAACCGAGAGAUCCAGCAAAUUCUAUACCUUCUUAGGGUAAAACCAUGAUUUUACCCGGAGCAAAAAAAAGUAUGCGGUUAGUUUAUUCUAUUGUUCCACUUUUCAAUUGUAAAUCAACAACAUGUAUAUUGAUAAUUUUCCCCCCUUUCUUUAUGUUCAUUUUCUCUUUUGCAUAUUUUGGUUGAAAAAUUACCCUCUGGUAUCAACAUACCAGGUCAUUAUGGCCAGAGGUAUUGUCGUGCCCGUCUGUGACACUCGUCUGAGACACGUCUGAGAAUAUUGUGUAUAGAUCCAUCACGUAUUUGUUUAUUCUUUUGUAAAUAUCCAUGUAAAUGAAAUGUUGGUUUUCACGAUUGCCUAUAGAUGCCCAGAUUUGUAAACCAGUAUGAACUGAACUUUGCACUUUUCCUUUAUUUUGGUACAAAAAGUGUAUAACAAUAUAAAAUCUAUGUAACAGUAAUACUGUGCCAUUGAAAAUGUAUGUGUUUUACAGGCCAGGUGAAUGGUCAAUUUAUCAAGGAUAUUUGGAGUCAGUAACAAGAUUAAUUGAAGCCAACUAUGCACCAAUCGCUGACGAUAAUAAUUCAUGGUAUGUUGGUCCAAUUCAUUGAUCUGUUUGUAAAACUGUUUAGCUAAAUUUACCUGACUAGCAAAAUUGUCUAGCAUUAGACAGCGUAAAAUAACAAGGUAACGCGUAUUAAGGCGCAAUGAGUGUUUUGUGAUUGAUUGGCAUGGGACGUUUUGUAAAAAUGUUGCUGCUGUAGUUUUUAUCAGCAUGACAAAGGAAUUUCCAUUAGGACAAUGCCUUUUCUCUCUCAAUAUGAUCUACUUUUAGUGUAUUCCUGAGUGUGCUAACUGAGAUAGGCUACUAAAUCUGUUUCAUGUCUAGAUAUGCAAUAUGUAAACAAAACACUUAUUCCCAAUUUCUCUAAUAUAAAAUGCCAAUUUUCCUGACAAAAACAACCGAAACUUAGCUGGAUUAAAUUGUCUAUCCGAUUUUACACAAAGUCUUAACCAAAAUAAACAAGAAAUUAAUUAACGUGAAUUAUAGAGCUAUAAAGCUAUAAAAAUGAGAAAUCCGUUUUUACAUUUUCCUCUUCCUGAUUCUAAUACAAUCUGAGGUCAAUGAUCCAAAGUUUAAAGUGCUUAUGUCAUGCAUGGUCAGGGAAUUGAUGUGUUUCGAUUAUUUAGUUAUUCUAAGAGUUUUUGUAAUAUAUUUUAUAAUUCGAAAAUUUGAUCUUCAUGGACUUUUUGGCGCUCGAAGUUAGCGAUUUUGCCUAUUUUGAACAUUUGACCGUGAGUACGAAAAUACUGGGGCGAGAAUGCCUUUGAGCGCCGGCAUGACGUCAUUUUGAGAACACGUCAAAACAAAACACAUAUGAUUUACUAUAGUACGUUUCGACUGAAUUUUAAAUGUAACUAUAUCCUUAAACCUUCAGUUAUCCAACUGACAAGCAGAUUGGGCGAGAGACUAAUUUUCUCGCAAAACUAGUGAUUAAUCUUGUCGCAAAACUAGUUGAUAGUACUUCUGACUUAUAUCACUGGCAGGUGCUACAGUUUCUUUUCUAAACUUGGCUAAUAUAUCAAAAACAUUAUUUGUAAGAUGGGAUCAGGUAGUGCUUCGAUGUUUGCCUUCAUAAGGUGCUGAACCAUCGAAAACUAUUCUUACUCUGGUAUUUGCACUCCCAGCCGGCCGUACUACGGGUAAUGUGGAGGAAGCAAUUCCUGCUGGGCGUUUAUUCGUCUUUCGGUACUCGGCGAAUAUACUUUUUUAAGAUAGUCAUUCAAGAGAUGUCGGUAUGUCACAGCUACUUUUCUAUUUUUAAACAACUUUUUCAGUGGACAAAUAGAUAGUUUGGUAGGUAGCCUGCGAGCAGGCUCACUGGGUAAAAAGGUGAGCCUGCAUGGAACCAUGCAUUUUUUGCGCCCAGCCCUUUUUCUUGCUAGCCAAACGCGAACCAAUCAGCGUCGACUGCAUGAGAUAAAUAAGCACAGACUGCAUGUCAACUGUCAAAUUGACGCUGGGCGUGAAAUGUACAACGAAGAAAUGUAUAGAAUAUUAAUACGAAGCAAGCCGCACAAUAUAUUAAAUAUAGAAUUCUCCAGAUAAUAGAUUAAGAGUUAAUCAAUACACAGGAUUGUUUUUCUGUAAGAUUGUUGCUUGAAGUCAGUUUGUUAACGUUCCCUUGGAAGAUACGUAGAUUUCUUCGUAGGGCCAAGUACUUGUAAUCCAUAACUGUUCAUUGGCAUUGCUUGAUCCAGGAUAUUUACGUCACCGUCUCUUGUUCUCAACAAAUUGUCUUUUGUGACAAGGACAGACAACUACUCACAUACCCGCAAAGGCACUCGAAAUAUUGACAUGAACCAAAAAGGAAUUUUAGUCGUGUCAGAGAACAACAAAACAUACAGAAACAAUCAGCAUAACAAAACAUAACAAAACAACAUAAUGUUACAUACAUCAAAUAAAAAACUAUUUAUAUGUACAUGUACAACAUUACGACAUUGUGUACAAACAAGAAUUAAACCAGUCAUGCUUGAUACCACAAUUAUAACGUGUCCAAACGAGUGGUUGGACCUAUGGAGUUAAAUCACUCGCUGGUUGGACGGCAAACAGAAAACAUGAGGAGUGAAAAAUAGCCGAAAUUGCGUGAACAUGCAGUCAUCCGAAAUACUAAGGCAUUGAAUCAUCGACCAGUCAUUGAGUGUCUGUUUCGUUCGGAUUAUUCACGCAUAAGACACAGUUACUGUGGGUUUUUACUGCGAUGGAUUUGUUAAGUGUGCAACUAAGUAUCGUCCUACAAUUAGAAUUGUAAAUAUUUUAAUCUGGAAUAACCGUUUUAGCGCAAAUUACUGGUAUAUCAAUGACCUGAUUAUGCACGCAUAUAUUAUUUUCUGAUUAUGUUCUGGACUAGCUAGUGCUUGGCGGCCAUUCACUUUUUCAAGUUGUCGAUUGACUACUGGGUAGGGUGGGGCAACGAUUUAUUGCUAUUCGUAGAUUCGUGUACGCGUAGCGUACCUAUUUUUUCUUUCACCAUCGGAUCUUCUGUUACCUAGAUUUUUCAUUUUUCCAGGGAAUGUUUGUUGUGGUUUUACUUUUAUCCAGCGGUAAUACUGUGCUAUAGUAAGCGCUCUGGAAUUUUCCCGAUAUUAUUGUAUGCAAUGUUCUUCUCCGUAAAUCUGAUUCACAACCAUUUUUUUAGAGUAAUUACAUCUUGUGCCAGAACAUCUGCGAAUUUUUCCAAUUCUUUUGGAUUAUUGUCUUCAAUGGGUUUAAUUUCUUUAGUUUCUUUAAUUUAUCUGACCGCCACUGUAUUUGCGAAACAGAUGUGCUUUCGCUGCUUUGUAUGCCACUGCCAAAUACCCCAAUCUUGUAUUAUCUUAGCUGCCUUGGAGGUAAGACAGGCCUGCAAACGUAAAAUUUUGAAUAGGGAUGUUACAUCAGCACAGUGUGUAAACGCAGCAUGCCAUUUUGGAAAAUACAUUUUAUUACCUGAUAAUACUGGAAUCGGGAUUCUGUCCAAUUGUGCGUGACAAAUAGUCGCCACUGCAUUUCUGGUAAGUGUGUUAGUGGUUGCUCGAAGUGGUAUCUGGGCUGUUCUCAAAGGUGUUUCAUUGACUUCGAUUAUUUCUAUUAUGUUUGACUGUUCGUGAUUUUGUUGGUUUUAAUAGUCCCUUUCAAGGUUUAUUCCGCCAUAUUGCUGGGGGUGCACCGGUGCAAAAACAUUGGGGAUAGCGCGCGGCCAGCCAUGGCUGCCAUAUAUUUUACUAAUGAGUGAGCGAUAAUUUUGUAUGGACAUUUUGUUGAUUUUCUCAUGCUAUAUUAAAAGAUAAUCCCAAUUUUUGUAUUCUGGCUGAUCUGUGUGUAUUUUCGAACAUUUGGUAAAGAUUUCAAUGGAAUCUGAUUGGGGGAAAUCUGUGAAUAUGCUGAUUUCUUCGGCACCUUUCGGCAAGCUGUUUACAUAGGAUUCACGACAACGAAAGCACGCGAAACGCCGAAAACCUUUCUUGCCAAAACCUUUUAAUGUUUUAAACAAAAUUGAGUUCAAGAAAUAUAUUCACACAAAUAUGCAGCGACGGUUUUUCUAUACAACCAAAAUUGUGGGUGAAAUGAAGUAAAAUAUUUUGCUUGUGGAAACACCGUGGAAAUGUAUUACUGCAAAGCGUUCGAUCCGUAAGCUCGGAUCUUCAUCAGUGUUAAUAAUCAUAUUAUUAGCACUAAUGAAGAUCUGGCUUACAGAUCGAAAGCUUUGCAGUAAUAAAUUCACGUGGAUGUUUCGACCAACAAAAUAGUAUAUGGUUUUAUCGCCAUGCAAACCUACAAAGAACUUAUGAAAUAAAGUAAGCUAUUAAAUAACAAAAGGAAGAAGGCAAAGAAACAAUAGUAUCUUUAAACAAAGUAAAAUAUGUGGUGGUAAUAGAAUAAUUACAGUUCUGGCCACAACCAUGCAUUUUAAAAAUUCUAAUUGUCCUUUCUUGUGCCUUUAGUGCUGUUCCAGAUUACACUGUGCCUAUGGCUAGGAAUUUCAUUGAAAAAAUGAAGCGCAAAGAAAUUGAAAACAAUGAGAGGAGAAACAGAGCACCAUUUUUGGCUUGUCUGGAACUUCAAAAGAAAACAUAUAAAAAAAUGAUCCAUACAUCAUCCGAAGGUAAUUCACUUUUGUCAACCUCAUUCCCAGGCUUUUCCCUCUUGUGGAGGAAAACCCCUAGUCGGAGUUGGUCACGUGGCAAAUUGAAAUAUGCCUUAGGGAGAGGUAAUACAGGUGUCUGGCUGUUGCAUUUGGAAAAUUGCAGCUUAUGUGUUACAGUUUCGGGUGAUAAGUGUUCUAACUUCAUGUCAAGUCAAUUGUUUCUGUGCUAGCAUUGCGAAUUAUUCUUGGAAUAUUUUUGCUUUUUUUUUCUGUUUAGGAUGCCCGGAUGAUUUAAUCAAGCUAUUGGUUGAAUAUUUUCAGUUAUUUGGGGAGAAAAGUGUUUGUUUUUCAGAUCUGUUCAUUUAUUUAGAUCUCCUUGAUUCAACUGAAAAAUCUGAGGUUUGUUUUGUAUAAAAUUUGUUUUAUAUGUUAUCUAUUCAAUCAUGUAAGUUCUAUUCCAGAUAUAAACAAACUUUAGAUGAUCGGGGGAUGGUAUAUAUAAAAAUCCACUCAUGCAUCGAACUUAAAACUUAUCUAGUUAAUAUUGCUAGCUAACAAAUUAACAAAUUAACAGAUAAAUAAUAGAAUACAAACCAGGUAUGUUAACCUAUAUUGAAUAAUAUAUAUUGUCUUUCGUUGCAAACGUUUCUGAACAAUUUAAUUAAUUAUGAAAUAAAGUACAAAACAAACGUUGUGUAAACAAACGUUGUAUAUGCAGCUCUGGAAAUAUAUAUAAGUGGUGAAACUUUCACACUAAACUUAUAACAUUAGCAUGAAUAUGCUAAUGUUAUAAGUUUAGCAAAGGUCCAAAGAAUUUAUUAGUUUUAGACCAGCCCCUGGCAAACAAACAAAAAUCACAAACUAUAGGUGUUUUGGAAAAGGAAUUCUUAUAAUUCAAAGCAGAAUAUAAUAAUGCGCAUGCAAGGGAUGUGAAGAGACGUAAAUUUAAAAUUUACCUUCUAAAUAACACACUUUGUCAAACUAUUUAUUAAACUCUUCGAUAGAAAUGCCAGAAAAAAUAGGAGUGUUUGGGUCACUGUGUCUCUUAUAUUUACUCCUUCAGUCCUCUAGGAUGUACUAAAAUCCUUUUAGUUUCUAGAGAUUGUCAAAUCAUUAUCGAUGGCAUCUAGUGAGGGCAAUGUGAUGAAAAAUGUAAGUAAACUAAUUUGAAAAACCUCAUAUACUGUUUAUACCAUUUUAAUUAGCCUAUUUAAGGGCGUUGUAGAUGGAAAUUAUCGAGUGGAAAUUUAUAAUAGAUUUAUUAGACCUAUAACUAGGAACAACUACGAAAAAUGCAAUCUUAGGUCCCUGACAGUAAUCGAGCAUGCGGCCCUGCGAUUAUAAAUGUCUAACAAUGUAUUAUAACUUUAUUAUAAAUUUCCACUCGAUAAUUUCCAUCAUUAAUUUAAAGUCUAGUGAAUGUAUUAUAAACUUCCACCGGAUAAUUUCCAUCUACAAUGCCCUAGCUUCCACGAUAUAAAUUAAUAGACACCUUAAGAUUGACGUUUACGACAAACGUCACACCGCUGUAGCGACGAUUUUGAUUUUACCACUCUAAUAUAAUAGCUUUUACACCAGUUUUUGUAUCUAUGCGAAAGAUAGAUACAUUGCUAUCGCGCUGUUUGUGGGUUAAACACUCAGGCUGCAUACAUUAAAUAUGUACAUGCCUGCGAACAGGCAACCUUAAAAAAACCAAAAUGACUGCUUCUAUUUAUAUCAGUGAUUUAUGUACAAAUCUACAAUUAAUAAUAGUACAUCGCUAUUAUUAACAUCUGUUAUCACAAACAACAAUACAAUGAAAAUGUACUGUGACAGACAAGGUGAAAGUUGUUUUUUUUGUCUAAAUGUUUGUAUGUGAUUUAAAAUAAAUUUGAAAUGCUGUGAUGAGUGUGAUCCACAUGAUAUUUCCACAGUGAUCGAUCGUAUAUUAAUCAGUCUUUUAUAACACACUGGCUGUGCUUUACUGGUCUUACUUGACGUUUCCCGAGGUGAAAGAAUGUUGAGUGACUACGUGCAAGGCAGUUGCACUAAGGACAACAUUGUAUGGGGCUAAGGGGGUAGAAAUAUAGUUGUUAUUGUGGGGAAAGUUAUACUCAACACUGAAAAUGUGUAUAAACGUGUCAAGGGUUUUGACCAGGAAUGGAUUGUGGUGUUAAAUACAAAAUAGUCUUAAUACAUUACAUAGCUGAAAGUGAAAUGCGCUGGUCGAGAAUGCUAAUGUGGGGUGUAAGAGAAGCUCUAGAAGUACAAGACAAUGCAUGCCAAAGGUGGUAACUUUCUAGGGGGUACAGGGCAUGCCUCCAUGAAAUUUUAAGUUGGGGUAUUCAUCAUUUUGUUGAUCAUAACUUUCUGCUUUAUAAUCAUAUAACUUUUGUUAAAGGUGAUGUAAAGUCCGUAAAUCGUAAUGUAAACAACGCUUGUUUACAUUUUGAACUCAGUGCUACAGUUGUAAAAUAUGAUUAGAUAUAUAUUAUACUGAAUUUUUAACACUCUUCUGGUUCGCUAUGCUUUAAAUGAAUGCAGAGUAGAGAUUCAAUUCAAGAAAGUUCGGAAGGUGCGAAAUAUUAAUAACAUUCCAAAGGUUGCUCCCCACUGAUGGAAUGUGUUGAUGUACAGAAUAUUUGCGCAGAACCGACUUUACAGCAUCUUUAAUUAAUGUUAGUUAAUUGUGGUUACUGAAGAAUAAAAUUGUAUCAAGUGUGUCAUGAAAGCUAGAGGGAUUCCCCAAAUACAAUGCACUGAAAUUUAAUGCAAAGAUCCAACUCCCAUAUAUACCUCCAGAAUUGACCAGUUACUACCAGUUCACUGGUCACUACUUUGUCUAAUGCCGGAUGAUUAUUUUACUUCAACUUUUUGAACACAGAACAGUUGAUUUAAAGAAUAGACUGUAAUCUAUCAAAAAGUUUUCCACUGAUUUUGAUUAUUCUUUGUCACAUGAAUCAUGACGAAUAAGGUUAAAUAAAUAUCAACAACUACAAAUGCAGUUUUUUUUCAUAGCAACAAUGCAAAUUUAAUACUUUGAGCAAAUUCAAUGCUUAGCAAUGAUUUAAGAAAGCAAAUUAACCACUAGUCAUGUUUUCCCUAGCCUGCGUGGCAGGCUCAAGGAAUAAAGAGAGCCUGCAACAAUCUCAAGGAAAUUUGAUAACCGCCCACUAAUUACUAUGAUAAUUUAUUUCCAAUCCAACCAAUCAUAUUUUCUGAAAUCCGUGUGCGUGAUGCAGUGUGAGUAACAACUAUAAAUAUACUUUAAUUUAUUACUAUUCACUAUUGUAGUUCAUAUAGAGUGGCUCGAGAAUUCAAACACUUUUAAAAAAUUGGCAGUUUAAAUUACUUUUGGAGUAAAUAAAACAGAAUUUACACCGGCGAUGUCGGUUUGGUACAUUUCGAUACAUUAGUAUGUGAUACAAUUCACUAGAACAAAAGAUUUUGACUUGAUACUGCAGUUUAGAUGUCGUUACUCAACAGACUAUUUUUACGUAUUAAUAAUGAAUGGAACUCAAAAAUAUAUUUAUAUCAAAAGGAAAACAAUACCAUCUUAGGUCCAAACAUUACAAUAAAUUUCAAAAUCAUACAUAUUAUGAUCAGCUAUGAGCGAGUAGAUGUUUCAAAAUUGCAACGGCUCACGGCUGAUCGAACAGUAUAAACGUUUACAAAUUGACAAUAACAAACUCUUAAACUAUAAAAAUAUAUCACAAUACAAGCUAAAUUGCACUGUAGUUUGUAGUCUGCUGUAAAACUCAUAAAAACCGAUAAAAGCAACGUUUGUAGAUCGAGUAGUAAGUUUCAUAAAUACAUAAAGCGACAUGUAUUUAAUAGGAUACAUAAUUUGUCAAAAUCAGUAUUUUCAAAUUGAUCGGGUAUAGCUACUGUAUUAUUUAGAGAAAUAUCAACACGUGCAUGGGUUUGUAUCCAUAUAUGCAUGCUCUUCGACUUGUCAAGGCAGAUAUCCAAUGAGAAAACCUGCCAUUAACAUUAACAUUAACAAAACAUAUCAACAAUUUCCAGCUGUUCAGUUUUUAGUUUAAAACCCAAAUUCACAGCACUCUUUCAAAAUUUUACGCUAAUAUACGUUUUAUUGAUAGCGUAUAAACAUUGCGCCACAAUGAUUGAUGCGUAUUUUGGCAUACAUUAUGAUUUCAACCAAUAGGAUUUUUGAGUCCGCUCACGGCCCCGAAAUACCAAAUUUCCUUGAGAUUGUUGCAGGCUCUCUUUAUUCCUUGAGCCUACCACGCAGGCUAUGUAUUCCCCAAAGCAGUAAAUUACGAUUUGUCGUUUGAAGUUUACGUUUGGCGUAUAAAUUUAAUGCUUGAAUUGCUACGAGGGCUUGUAGUCGUUAAAACAUGAAAUUUAUACGCCAGACGUUGUACACUUCAAAUGCUAAAUCUUAGUUUACUGCAUUGGUGAAUACAUGACUAGUGGUUAAUUUGCCUUCUUAAAUCAUUCCAGGUGAUCUCGUGUUCGUAUUUUAGCCAAUCAGCGCUCAGAAAGGGUUGUCCGAAUAGAAAUCCAUUUUGAUGUAUUCAGUCAAUUAUAUCUUUCGUUAUUCUUUAUGAAACUAGUUGAAAUUUUGUAUUUAAGUUUGGUUAUGGGAACUAUAGCUCUGACAAAAAUAUGGAAUCGAAAUAAAGUAUAUUACAGGAGAUAUUCAGUUGUUUUAAUCAUAAAAUGGAUUUCUAUUUGACAACUAGUGCCAGUACUUUUCCGCGUAUCAAGAUCACCUGGUUGCUAAAGAGCACAAGUUUAAUAAUUGUUUCAUAACAUAUUUCAAAACUGGUGUAAAAGCUAUUAUAAUAGAGUAAAAUCAAAAACUUCGCUAGCGGUUUGACGUUUGUCGUAUAUAAACGUCAAUCUUAAGGUGUCUAAUAACUCAACUAAUCGGUCGACGAAAUUAAUCCACCGGCCGCUAUUUGUAACGUAUUGUUAAACAAAUUUUGACUGCGAUACACUCCAUGCAAAAAUGUACAUUUUCUAACAGUUGUAGUAAUACACUUAACCUUAAAGGUGAUCUACAGUCCGAUCUGCGCAUGUGCACAAAUGAGCCCACUUUUUAUGAUACAAACAGUUUGACUAUGUUUUGAGUUCUUGAAAAGCCUGAUUGUUGUUUCUUGAUCAUUUAUUAUACUCUACAAGCUUGAAAAUAUAAAUAGUUGUCGAAUAAAGCUCAAUAUUUUGGACAAAAAAAUGUAAACAAAGGCUUUGUUUACAUACGGACUGUAGAUCACCUUUAAUUGUUGCGGAUUUUAAAACUGCCAUUCAAAACAAAACUGUCCUUGCAAGCUGCAUGGAUAUAAACAUCUAUUCGGUGUAAUAAAACAUUGUUUAAAAACACACGCUCAUAGCAAGGUUUCUGCUUCCUUUAUCUGAUAGUCAGUUACACUUGAAAGUGGACAGUUUAACACGGUCUAUUUAAAGCGCAGAUAAAUCAAAUGUAUGGUAGCUUCGGCUGACAUAUUUUCUACUUUGCCUUGGCAAUAACAAAGUGUCGAUAAAUCGAAACUUAAUAUAGUUCAUUAAUUAUCAAUUGUCGCAGUUAGCCGAUGAGAUUUUUGCGUACUCUUUGCAUAAAUCGAAAAACAUGGGGGAUGCGAGCAGGUGCUCUUACUCUUUGAACCUAGCCCCCGAGCGCCUACUUUGGAGGCUAUCCAUAACUUGGUAACCUUAUAACUGUAAUACUGCACAAAAUGCAGUAAUAUAAAAGCAGAAGUGGUAGGGUUGUAGCAUUUUAACAGUAACUAUGCAUGUAACUGUCACAAGAAUAUGUUGCACGCAUGCAUGCAGCAACAAUAUGUGUACCUAAUUUCUGGCAAAAUAUAAUUUUCCCCGUUCUGUCAUUUAAAAAGGAUUACAUAUCCCUCAUUUGCAUCUCACUAUACUAUGUAAAUCCAGUCACUACAAAGCCAAUAAUUUUUCAACACUUAUUUAAAAUAAUUGUGUUGUUAUUUUAAACCCAUGCCAAUUACCAAUUAACCAAUGAAAUAUCUUCAUUUGUCAUAUAUUAUUUAAAUAAAGCACUGUCACAGCCUUUCCACAAAUCUGGGGAAAAUCCACGUGACCAGAACAAGGAAUCUUCAUCCAACUCACAGACGUUCUCUCGCGCGCUUCGUCGAGAGUAACGUCUGUACACAGGCUAGAAAAUAUAGUCUUGUGAAAUUUCGUGAGGGAAUUAUUAUUGCACAGUACGUACAAAUUUAAGAUAGAAAUCAUCUUUAUCGAUAAUUUUUAUCUACUAUACCCUUCAACUGUUAUUCAAUCCAGGAAAUGCCAGCAAAAUCUUGAUAUUUACCCUAUAUAUUAACCUGAACUCGUGUUCAAUUAAUAUUUUCAGAUUAAAGAAAUGUCAAGAGCAAUAACAAUUGAGAAAUUCUCAAGGUACCUAGGUGAACACGAACAAUUGUCUUCAGAAGAAAUGAUUGCACAUGCCAGACAUUUAAUGUCUAUGCACAAAGAGGGUCUAAAAUAUGGUAAGAAAACUGAUUAAUCGCCAGGAUUUUAAAACAGCAUAGUUUUGUUGUUUGGGUUUCCCUUGGUAAUUAGACAAGUGAACAGGGGAAUAAUGAGUCGUGCAUCUAACCAUGUGAAAUCCAUGGAGGUUGGGAGAAUCAAGCAUACGCUCAAACCGAUGACAUCAAUUUCCAAUGAUAGCAAAUUCUAAAUAACUUCUGAGUAGGAAUAAUACAACUCCCCUAUAUUUGAAAUGGCUAGUGGCUACAGGGGAGGCAGCAGCAGAGAUGUAAAAGAACACAGGAAAUCAUGAUUCAUGCGUGGGAAAUUACUUUAACUUUUUAAGCGAAUUAACCUCACAUAUUAUUUGAAUUCCUAACUCUAAAUAAAACGUUUUGCUCUAUUUUGCUAUUAGAGUACGUCAUUUAAAAAUAUCUUCAAAACAGUAAAGAAGGGCCUCAACGUUAUGUAGGAAAACCCGGGUUGGAGCUGGUCACAUGUCCUACAGAUAAUUGAUUGCUCACUGCAUGUAAGGGAGUGAGGGAAAAGUCUCGUCUUACAUGCUUCCAUUUUCGCAAUUCACACUUCGAACGCAGGAGUGUGGGUACGGAAUAAUCAUCUUUGAGAAUCAUAUAUACUUCGAAAUACUUGCUAAAUUUGAUUUCUGUUUUCUAAAUUAUAAAUAUAUGUUAAACAAGCAAUAAAAACAUGUGAUUGUAUGCUCUGAAAUUGUACUUAUAUGUUCUUUUGGAGCUUGGCCGCACUUUAACUUCACACGUUUCUACUCUACCUCUGCUUCACAUAAUUAUGAUCUGUUGUGUCUCCACCUUCCCUUUCGAGUUUAUGAGGAUUAAACACCGUUGCAUUUUAUAAAUAUGCCUUAAUUAAUCACCAAUGUUCCUUAAUUAUCACGAACGUUCCACAUACAACAAGACUACUUCAACUUGACCUUUUGGCACGUAUACUUGGAUCGAAUACUUGGAUCUAUAUUAAAUUAUAAUUUUUACAAAAUUAUACAGUGUUCUCCGGAUUGUAAUUAUUUGUUUUUGAGCUUUCGACUCGGUACUUCGAGUCUUCAUCAGAAAGAUUGAUCAUUUGAAUUUUCGCGCUGUUGUUGACGCUGUUGAAGUCUGUGGGAACGUCUGAUUGGUUGAUGGAUUUCAGUAUGUUGGUUGCCAUUGGUUACUAUCGAAUGCGGGUGAUUAUUGUUAUCAUGAGACGGUGUAGGGAAGGAAGUUGAGGGUGGGUUAAAGGUUAAAGGUUAAUGAAGAUGAAUUAGGAGAUUUGUGUGAGCGUUUCAGUUGUAAGUAAAUUGUAGGGAUGUCAAUGUGACCGUUAAAUGUUUGUUUGUCUAAACUAUGCCACGCUUCUUUAAACUCACAGGCAUGUUUAGUAGUUGCUUGUCCUAGGCAUCUCGUUUGAAACCAGUCGAAUUUAUGUCCGUUGUCGUCUGUGUGUUUAGCUGGAAGUGAGCUAUGGUCGUGUCUGUUGAUUGCGUUCUGGUGUUCUGUUAGACUUGUCUGAAUCUUUUUAGAUGUUUGUCCAAUGUACUUAUCCGGACAGUUUUUGCACGGGAAGAUAUAAAUGGCGUUAUGUUUUUCCGUUAUAUGUGUCUUGUCUUUGUGUUUAGUGAAGUUGGGCCUAAGUUUGCAUGUUGGUUUGUGUGCAACGUCAAUGUUGAAAGGUCGGAGGAGUCUAGCUGCCAUUUCUGAUGUAGUGUGUAUGUAAGGAAGUGUAAUUCUCGUUUUUGUUUGAUUAAGUCGGUCCGUGUUAGUUUGUUGUUUAUAUUGUAGCACCUUAUUAAUGAAGUCUAAAGGGUAGUCAUUUUUGUAGAAAGUAGAGUAUAAAUACUUGCGUGCGUCUUGUUUGGAUUGAUCAGUGUUACAAUGUGUGUCAAUUCUGUUGAAUAGAGUCUUUAUGCAACUGACUUUGUGUUGUGUUGGGUGAUUGCUAUUGUAAUUUAAAAUUUGAUCUGUGUGUGUUUUCUUGCGAUAAACUUGUGUGGUUAAAGUGCCGUUGUCUUUUUUUGUUAUUUUUGGACUUUUUUUGUUAUUUCACACAAUUGGCUUGUUUAUAGGGUUUCUAGAUGUGCAGCUUGUGGCACAGGAGCGGGAUCCCUGCCGAAAACCCACCCUUUUGUCGUUUCAUGCAUGACUCGGUGCACUUAAUCGACAUUCUCUCGCGUAAUGACCAUAUAUAUAUUUCCCGCAUUUGCACCACUGAACAUUUGCUUUCUUUUGUUUGGGACUGGAAUUAUCUAUAACCAAAUAAUUCAUUCUUUCCAAAAGUCGCUCUUGCUGAUCAAAAUACAUCUUUGCCCAAGCAGGUAUUGGCUCAUCUUCUCUUUUGGGUCCUGUCAUGUUUAGACAAGCGGUUUCUCUCUUAUUGCCAUGGUUUCUCAGCGUUUCCGUCAUAUUGAUUUUCGCAUUGUUUUGGUUUUCAGUGAGAUGGAUACUUUCCAAUCGUAAGGCAACAUUUACUGCUUCAUUCAAGGUUUUUGGGUCGCUUUGACUCACGCCAACACGUAAUUCUUUGGUGUUAAGAGCCACGGAUAAACUGAUCAACGAGCUCUUCUUCGACAAGCAAGUUUUCCUUGUUUCGAUAUGCCAAGCCAGCAAAUUGUCUCAGAUCGAUCGCCAAUCCACGAUUUCUUACACCAUCUUUCGUCUGCUGGGAAUGAAGGACAGCUUGUGCACCUUUGUUGCUUGGGCUGAAAUUUUACUUGAGAGCUUUUACGUCAAAACGUGACUUUUCACCGUCUUGCAACGACAAGUGAAUCCGUUGUGCUCUACCUAAGAAGAAACAGCUUGUUGUUUAUACAACAUUGAGCAUCGUUUAUCUCGGCAUAUAACUUGAAAUUGCUGAUCCAUUCACUCCACGAGCCUUCAGAGUAAUUAUCUGGCUUCGUUUUCGAGUUACUUGGCUGAAUAUUUGCAAAACUCGUUAUCGUCUUUGGCGUACUCUCACCAUCAGAUUUCUCCAUCUCUUCGACAAGUUUGGUGAGUUUUUGAACUGUUGUCACAUUCACUUGCAAAAGGGCAGAUGUGUUUUAUUUAUCUCCGUAAAUAUGGUGCUGAAUCAGAAUGAUGCUUUAUCUAAAUCUGAAUUGUUUGUCACUAACAAAGGAACAUCCAAGUGGCUCGAAAAUUUUGAAGAACUUCAAACAUUUUGCGACAAGCUUCUAAAUCUCGAUUCAAUAUGGCUGUCGCCCGGAGACGGUUCCAAAUCAUUUAAAGACGACGACAUUAUCAGAUGGUACUCAUCAAACUACUCGGUAAUAGUUAAAGGAUCAAAAGGCGAUCCAAUUCGAAACAAACUUAAAUUGAUUGUUAAACCACUGGAUCUAUAAGAUGACGAUAUGAUCUCGGCAACUACCGAAGUAGUGUUAGAUCCGCUUGUCUUCGCUCUAAUGCCUGAUACGAUCAUUUGUCCUUUCGGGCAUAAUAUGUAAUACACCUUUGAGCUGAUCAAAUUGACUCGCAAAAUUAAUUUCAACUCUUAUUUCAUCGUGUUGGUUUAGUUCACAAUUGAUUACCUGUUGUCCAAAAGAACAACUUUUUUCAGCUGAGGAAGAGGUCAACAGACAACAAUUCGAAUCUAUUUGCUGUUGUUGACACUGCUGCUUACUUAUUCCCAUCAUUUGAGCAUAUUGUCUUUGAUUGACUGAGGUAUCAUGCACUUUAGAUUGAGCUUUGAGCUUUGCAUUUUGGGCAAGUCGAAUUUUUGUUAUUUAGCAAUGCAGAGUCGUUAUCUUCUUGUAGGAAAGUUAUCUUAGAAAGUUAUCUUAGGGUAGUAAAGGUAUCUUAGAAAGGGUGGUGGUAUUAUUAGUAUUAAUUAUAGCAACCAUUUAUGCCAGUGGUAUACAGCCCAGUCAGGUGGUAGGAUAGAUAUUCCAAUUAAUCUAAAAAAAGUCUUACUUACAGAAGGGCAAAAUUGCAGAACAACCUCUCAGAUGAAUUAAGGAAUAAGGAAUCUCUUCCUACCUUUAAUACAAGUAUUCCAACAUCUGGCCGGUUUAAGUCAAUUAAUAUUCUAAUUGUUCGUCUUCUUUGCCUUGAAGUAUCUAGUUAUUAAUUACCUUUGUAUUCAUUGUAAUGUUUGUAAUUUAACGUUUGUGGUUUUUAAUGUAAUAUUCUCUACGCCCCUCUUUGGAAAUCAGCUUUUGCUGUAGGGGUUAGUGUAGUGAAAUAAAAUUUUACUUACUUACCUUUUUCGCUGCCACCAGUGUAAUAACGUCCUAUCACGUCGACAAUUGCGUGAUAACGUUUUGUAACUGUCGUGAUACUGUUUUAUAUAUUCUACACUAUGUUUGUACCAGACUGAAUGGAAGCAUGUAAUAUGAGAAUUUUCCCUCACCCCUUUAGGUUAUCAAUUUUUCAAUGGGGAAUGGAUGUGAACCACUGGAACAGCGUCUUUCCUCCACAAAUGGUAAAAGCCUGGGAACGAGCUUGAUUAAUUUUGAGCAGCCAUUACGAAUUCAAUCUCGAAACCAGAGCCCGCAAUCCUCUGUGGAGGCUUGCUGAGGCUCUGGGAAACACCGGUGAAAGUCGGGCUCUGAUUGGUUGUUUUUCAACAUCCUCGUCCCCAGGCCCAAGCGGCCCUCAAAGUUUUUCAAGUGCUAAUUAUUAUUCAAACUUUGAGCCGUAUUUAGUUAUUCGGAUUUCAAACAUCGUUUAAAAUUAAUAUAAAGUUUAUUUCUCUUUGUGUAUUAUGUUUAAACAUAUCAAUGAAACACACAGCAUAAUUUUAAUAAACUUAUUAAUCUUCCUUAGCUUCUCAUAUGAAAUCAAUAGACUAUUCAGAUAUUGAUAUGCCAAUAACAAAAUGUAGAAUAACAGUGCAGCGCAUUACCGUAUAAGGUCAUGAUAAGCCGUUGCCUAUAAUGUUUAAAAAAUAACACAACAAUCCAUGAUUUACCGUAAUUAAACAAGUUAAAAUAAAUCACUACCAGUAUCUUACAACAAUUCAAAACCAUGGCAAGUGUUCUUUGAAGAAUUAAAGUCGUAAUAAGCUUAAACAACGGCAUAAUUCAUGUUUGACGGCAGUAAUGUCUAUUUAUAAAUGUCGAGCGGAGUACUGGAUCCAAAUGUACUAAUUUUCGUGCAAAAGUCGCCGGUGUUUCCCAGAGCCUCAGCAAGCCUCCACAGAGGAUUGCGGGCUCUGGUUUCGAGAUUGUUACGAAUUAAGAAGACUUCACCCCGAUUGGUUAAGCUCGCUAUGUCACUAACCCACUCUUGGGUUAGUAAACUUGCACACUGGAAGUUUAAAUAGUCCAUAUCUCGCAUGACUGGCGAGAAAUCGAUACGGAAUUUGAGAAAAUAUAUUGUAAAACUAACACAGGCUAGUUCCAGGUUCAAGGCUAAAGUCACAGUGUGGUGGUGGCUUGUACCACAUUAGAAACCAAACUCCCAUCAGUAUUUUUGUGCUUAAAGCAUGAUAGCCUGUUUUGAAAAUGUUCCAAAAAUUCUGUUGCAGGAAACGACUUGCUCCCAACUGAUUUUCAGCACAGUGACGAUUUUGCAUUACUGGCUGCACAUCUUUUGUUGGAUUGCUGUGAUAGAUCAGGUAUGUAAUGGACCUGAGAAGUGCUGACGUCACAUAAUUUUCAAACAAUAAAUUAUUGAGCCAAAAGUAUCCCAACCUCGUACCCUGGGAUAAUCCAACUGAGAACGUGAGUUGUUUGGUUAAGGCGAAUACAAUGAAAUUACCAAAAGUUAUUCAUUUUUGUUUGUUCAUUUUGGCAACACUGCUGCCAUCACAAGGAGUGCAUGUGAAAGUUAAAUGCGAGUUUUUGGAUGGAAAUACCCUUUUAAACCAAAUUUUGGACUGGUUUGAAAAGAGCAAAAGAAGAAGUGAACUAUUUUUAUUUGUAGAUAAUAAGCAAGAAUGGCUAAAUGGCGAACAAAGUAAAACAUUUAAUCUAAUAAAGCGAAAAAUUUCUUGUUCACAAAUUCCAAGUGAAGUAUAAAUCUGCAACUUCAACCAUGUAAAUAUUACAAAAACGUUUUUGAUACUUUAUUUGGCUGUUGUGUUCUAUAUUAUGGCAUUUUGUAUUGGAAUAGGAUAAAAUAUACACAAAUAUUUACAUUUGCAAAUUAUCUCCAACUUGAGGAUGCUGGGUGCAAUGCUUCGUACUUGUACCAGUUAGCUUUCCGUAGCGACAUGAAAAGCAGCUAUCCGUACCUUUUAGAACGCUAUUUUCAGACAGCUAUUUGCAACGGAGAGAUGUUGUUUCGCUCAGCUUCUGAAAGUUGUACAUUCCGUAUCGGAUAGGUGCUUUUUCGCGCCGCUACGGAAAGCUAUCCUGUAAGUGUAAACGUAGCCUAAGUUGUCGACAAAUUGUUUAAUUUUAUACCAGAGAUUCAGUGUAAAUAAUUUAGCAAUCACUGCUGCUAAUGCACAAACAUUGUUAUCUGUUAUUUACCAUAGACUGUUCAUAACACAAAUAUUAAAUGAAUAGUCAAAAUAUUAUUUCCUAGCUUGUGUGGCAGUUCUCCCAUGAGCCUACUAACCAGGCUAAUUAUCAACCUCGUUCCCAGGCUCUUUCCUCUUGUUGGAGGAAAGACCCUGGCUGGGGCUGGUCACGUGUCACACGGAAAUUUGAUCGGCCAAGGGGGGGUAGGCAAAGUAUGGAAUUACAUGCUUCCACUUUCGCACUUUACACUUCUAUUGCAAGGAGUGAGUGUUUUGUACCGAUCAACUUUGAGAAUCAUAUAUUCUUCAAAAUACUUGCCAAAUUUGAUUUGUGUUUGCUUUUAAAUUAUAACAAUAUGCUAAACAGAUUUUUAUAGCAACAGACAAGUCAGGAAAUCAAGCAAUAAAAACGUAUGAACGUAUGAUUUGAAAUAGUUCUUAUGUUCUCGGGCUUGGGCGCACUUUUAUUUCACACGUUUCUGUUCGGCAUCUCGUUCACCUAUUUUUAAAAUUUUAUGAUAUGUCACUAAAUUGUUGUUAUUUGGAAAUGGUAUAAACUUUGCAUAGAUUUUAUACUUGUUAAUUUCAGUUCAGGUCUCAAGAGCGACUGCAUGUUUAGGACGUUCGGACGGCAGACGUUGCACAUUUGCACACUAGCCAAACAGACAUUGAAUGUCCAUUCUAUUGAUUCUAAAAUAAUUUAACUUUAUUGCCUGUUUAUAUGCUAUUGAUUUUAUUAAAUUAAAAGUAUUGCGAUGAUUUAUAUUAAACACUAUAGGUACUGUAGGAAGGUACAAUACUUGGUAUAAAUGCACACUACAGAAUUAUAAGACAAUUACUGUACGUACGCCUUUCUUGUUUGCACGACAAAGUCUCGCACAGACAGCAUUACUUGAUGAGUUUGUAUAAGCAUUUUAAAAUUUCUAUUGAUUGGCUGUUUGUCUCCAGUGAGGCAUAGUUGUAUGCUAAAUGUACAUUUAAUUCUAAAAAGACAAUAAUUAUAUUGAUGUCUCACAGCAGGGCAGUAUGCGUUUAUUUUAAAAAUACAAGCUGGACAGUGGCGGCGCCAAGGGGGCAAGCCCCCCAAAAUUAUUUUUUGCCCCUCCCCCCCCCCCCAAAGAAAAUCAUUAGUCAUUAAGAGCGACUAAAGGCUGCACAAGCGUUUUGUCGUUAUCGGAAAAUGUAUGGCUUAUAUGUUGUCAUUAGUGAAUGCGCGUAUACAUGAAACUGUUUUUUACAGUUUCAGUAUUAGUUUGUAAAUCUCUGAAUGGUAAAACUUGCCAAUACUCCAAUGAUACGUUUCAAAAAAGACAAAAACGUGUAAGGCACUAAUAAGAUGAAAGUAUCACGAAAUUAUUUGAAUAAACCACAUCGCAUAUAUGGGGUGCGAAUAUCCUAAAGAGUAAAGGGGGGGGGCGUUAUUCCUAGGGUAUUCGCCCCACCCCCAAAUUUUAAGAAUUCUAUCUUGCCCCCCCCCCCAAAUAUGAGUUUGCCCCUCAAAUCCCCCCAAAUUCGGAGGCCUGGCGCCGCCACUGAAGCUGGAUCUCAUGCAACUCUACGAACUAAAGUUUAGGAUAUUCUGGAUAGGUUCAGCCACAAAACCAAUGGCAAUGAAAGCACUUUAUAUAAUAUUUAUAAUGUGCGAGUGUAUAUUACUGUAAUAAAUGUGAAAUAAUUGUUAUAUCCGCAUAUUAUACAAUACUAUAAAUAAAUAUAAUAUUCAAGUUGUAACGCACGCACGGACGAGUCUUUGACUUUGCCUGCAUCGGAUGAUACACGUUUGAUAACAGAAAGCUAUACUUGAACAUAAUAUAUUCUUGAUCAUGGAGUCUUAGCGAUGGCCAAAACGGCAUAUAUCACAGUCUUUAACGGGCUCUAACAGUCGGGAGAGCAUGUUUAGAAUUUACACACAGUUGGCACGAUGAUAGGAUCUCGUUAUUUUAUGGCAAUUCCACAUCUCCUCUAUCCGUGAGGUAAAUCCGUUAGAUUUACGUAUCGGACAGGAAACCCUUUAUCACUGACAACAGUCACAACGUAACCACAUCGUUUGCUCGAUCGAUCUAGAAGAUUCUUACACUUAUAGAUUGUGUUUUACUGUUUUUAUAGCGAAGCGUGCUUUCCUUGCCAAAAGCCUUGUGUCCACUGAAAUUUGAUCCAACUUCUCGUUUGAGUAGUGUAACCCAACACUCAAUAAUACAAAGGACGAAGUCGUGUCAUAAUAAAUACGAAAUCUUUCAGGAUUUCUUGUUGCAAAUUUAAAUUUUAUUAUCCAAAACUAUAAUAUACACAACUACACAAGUUGUCAUUUUCCAAACGCGCUCCCCUGCCACUCUACCCUAAUGACAAUUUUAUUUUAGCACGCAGAAUCUGCGUGCCACGUGACCAGCCCUAGCCAGGGUCUUUCCUCCAACAAGAGGGAAGAGCCUGGGAACGAGGUUGGCUAAUUAUUUCUCAGCAAAUAUUGUGGCUUCUCCAAAUGACAGGAUUUUUGUUUCAGAUUAAUGACAAGAAUUAAACCUGUGGUUAAACAUAGUAUUGACUAUUGUUAUAUAUUGAUAUACUGCGUGGGCGGAAAAUACCAUACUUUGCCUUUCUUUGCACCCCUAGCGUUUAAUGGAGCUUUUAUUGCAAAUUUUUUGGCAAGCAUAUUAUUCAUGAACUCUGUGUAUUGCUUGUGUAGACGAUUAUCUUUUAGGAAUCUCUUCUUUGUCCAAUGGUAUUUUAUUGUGGCCUUCGAUUUUUUUGGUUCCUUGCUGGUCUUCUUGAGAAAGACCAUGUUCAUUACUGACUUUUCUUUUGCUGAAAUCAAUUUAUAUCAUUCUGUUUAUUGCUGCUGGUGUAAGGACCUCUUUCAUCAUUUGAUUAACCGUGAAAUGAUGAUCCAUUGGUACUCCGGAACGAAUUUCCUUUGCAACAAUCCUAUUAUAAUUAACCGUUGCAGGACCAUUGCUUGACAUAUGAUAUAGCCCAAUUAUAGUCUAACCAGCAAGUGUUUGAACAGCAUAUCGAGGCAAUUUUUUUUCAAUAGACACUUCCCGAAUUUGCGUGAGUGCACACGAAACAAUAGCUUGGAAUCGAGGCGGACAAUGUAAUCCAUUGGAAAACUAUACUUAUUUCCAAUGGAUUACAUUGUCCGCCUCGAUUCCAAGCUAUUGUUUCGUGUGCACUCAAGCAAAUUCGGGAAGUGUCUAUUAAGAGGCCAAUCUUGACAUUCGGUAUUAAUGGAUGGACACAAUCGGCUAGACGUGCCAGAUGUUGUUACUGGUCAUUUCCACGCUUGCUCUGGUCAGGGAAUAUCUUGACUGGUUGCGGGCAUUUCGAGCUCGGUAAAAGCUUUAGGUAGAGAAAUGGAAUUGUUGCCGUCCAGGUCAAAUACAGUCAAGCCUCUUAUCACUUCCACGUUUUGUAGUUGGUUACCAGUCAUAGUUGUUAUUGAAACUUGUGAAUCCACUCCAUCUACGUUAAGCUCUUGUCGCAGAUCUUCUAGAAUGAACGUACUGGUGCUGCAGUUUCAAGCAUCGCAUAUGUUAUCAACAAUAAUUGGUACUAUCGGCAUGGAUCCGACAGUCAUCCUCCUACUUGAUACUGUUUACAGUAAUGGUUGUCAAGGUUGCUGAUUCCACAUUCUUCACAACAUCGUUCGCAGGCUUCUUUACAAUAGACUGAAAGUUUUAGACCAGUAGAAUGGCGGCUUGAACAAGUCUUACAUGUUCUGUUUUAAGAACAACCUCUAGAUCUAUGACCAGGCAUGUAAUAUGAUCUAACAUAACUGUUUCUCAUCAAGGAAUUUUCGUCUUUCAUCGAUGCUCUCUAGAAAUAUUUAUCACAAUCGUCCAAGUGAUGUUCCUUUUUACAGAGGAUACAUGGUUCCACUUUACUUGGGUUAGGUCUAACUUUAUAAUUUGGGGGCUUGCGUUUGUUGUUUACUCCAUCAGAACUUUGAACUCUCAGAGCUUCUCGAGAAAAGAUUGGAUCUGUUGCCACUUCAGCUUCGUCUUUAAUGAAAUUAGCAAACAAAUCGAAGGUUGGCAUAUUCCUAUGUCCAACUCUCGCCUUAUUUGCGACACGUUUGCAUCAGUCUUGGAGGUGGAAGGGUAACUUCUUGGCCAAGGUUUGCGAGUUGUGUGGAUGAUUAAAUACGACAACGAUUUCAUAGCACUGCAACACUGCGCUAGGAAGGUAGAAAAACAGUUUAAGCCAUCAUCGUUACGAGGUUUAAGCAUUGCCAUUCAGUCAUCUUCUUAAUGAAUGCAUUAGAAGUGUUGUACGGAUCACCAUAUUUUUCAUCAAUGAGCCUUCUUGCCUCUGCAUAACCAAUGUCAGGAUCCAUGUAACGACAUCCUUUAGCCAAUUUUUUUGCUUCGCCUUUGAGGUGCUGAUCUAGAUAUCAUAAACGAUCUGAUGGAACUGGGAGUUGAAUCCUUGAAUGAAAAUUAUGGAACUGCGAGUUGAAUCCUUGAAUGAAAAUAUUGUAUUCUGUGGGGUCUCCAGAGAACUUAGACAAUGCAAGACGUGGAAUGAGACUUUUUGUUCAUUUUGUUGCAUGAUCAUCUCGGUGAGAUUGCAUUGCUUCUCGAUUAACACACCAAAUCGAUCUUAAUUGGUUUUUGGAAUCAACACUUGAGUAGCUUGUUCCCAUGCCUCCGGUUGCACAUGGUUGGGACGGGUAUUCUUGAUUCAAAAGAUGUUUGAUGGACAACGGAUGGUUCAUUGCUGGUCCUUGCUUGCAUAGAAAUGGUUUGAUCACAGGGUGUACUAGAGACUCUUGGCGGCAGACGAGGACCAGGGUUGGUAUGACGCAAACCAGGGCAUGACGAGGAAAUAACAGGUGAUGCUGAAUCGGUUCUGUUCCAGAGAUAUUUGGGACAACGAUGUAGACGGAAGAUUCGGAACGAACGACAUAGAAGGAAUUUUCGGAACGAAUGACGUAGAAGGAAUAUUCGGAACGAAUGACGUAGAAGGAAUAUUCGGAACGAAUGACGUAGAAGGAAUAUUCGGGGCAAAUGACGUAGGCGGAAUAUUCGGAACGAAUGACGUGCAAGAAAUAUUCGGAAGGAAUUACGUCGUAGGAAUGUGCGUCGCCGAUGAUAUGACAGGAGUAUUCGCUGCAGAGGACGGAGUUAUUAGGUCAUAGGGCAUUGAGUUUGAUUUCAUGUACUGUUCGUAAUAUUGAUUCAUACCGUCUUUCAAGCUCAUCUCUUGCUCAAACUUGAAAAUCAUUUCUUCUCGACUAUCGCGAUUUCUUCCUCCAAAUGUAUUUUCCCGCUUCGUUCUCAAGUUUCUGUUUUCUUUCAAGCGUUGCAGCUCUAGCGCAUAACAAGUCUUGGAGCAAGUCUAUCAUUCAUUGUUAUAUAGUAUCGGUCCACUAUAGUGUACAUUACAUGACGUAGCACGGAGAGGUGGAGCGAGAAAGAGAGACUUGUCAACUUCGGAAAAUCUCGGUUCAAAACUGAACCGAAAAUGCAAGACUUGCUUUAAUGUUUACUGUCAGUGUUUAUAUGUAUUGAUCUAGCACAGUGUAAAUAACAUGAGUUCCAUAAUAGUAAAUAAUACAGAAAGAAAUUGAAGGAAAACAAUUAAAGCAAGUAUUGCAUUUUCGGUUCAGUUUUGAACCGAGAUUUUCCGAAGUUGACAAGUCUCUCUUUCUCGCUCCGCCCCUCCGUACUACGUCAUGUAAUGUACACUAUAUUGGAUCGAUACUAUAUGACAAUGAAAAAGAGACUUGGAGCAAGUCUACUUCACUUAAAGCAUGCGCAUUGAUACAUGGAAUGAUAUCAGCCGACGGUUGUUGAUUUCGUGUUUAGCCUAUCGAUCUUGUUAUUAUUCCCCCAGCGGCGGUUUCAUUUAAUGGUAAUAACUUUAUCGGGACUUGAGCCAAUGUAUUCCUUUGUCCACCAGAAGAGUAAAAGCGCUUGUCCGGUAGAGUUCUGUUUGAAUAAACUGCGUUUCACUGAAUUAUCACACUGAGUAUAUCGAUUCCAGCGUUCAUAAACUCUUUUCUAUCACAUUGCUGAGGUUCAUUCGAUGUCCGUAAUUCUUUAACCGCUCCACACCAAGUCAAAUUUUCAAAUUUUCUUUCUCGGUAACAAGACAUUGCUCUUUGUUUGGUGUCUAAGGCGACAAGUACAUCCAACUCUUGCUUAAUAACAUGGCAAUUAUCAUAUAGCUACAAGUAACUAACUCUAUCAUGUUUAUGUGCUUCCUACAGGUUUUGUGCUUUCGUUGUACAUUGUAUAAGCUUUCCCCUUUGAUGUAGGUUUCCGUAGUCUUCGGUUUCGUUCUUCGUCGCCACUACCUACAAGUUCAACGUUCAUCUCAGUCGAUUUUAUAGGUCGACAUUUUAUCGUUUGACAUUGUAAUCAGCGUUGCACAUCUAGGCUGUUGCCUCGGUUUACAGUUAUAUUUUUCUACUAAUGUUAAUGCCGUUUCCGCUAUAUACACGUUAAUUUUGGUUUGUUCCUCAAGUACCACUUACUGAUUUAUAUUUGUUGAACGUUUUCAGUUUACAAGUAAGAAACGGUAAAAAACGUGCCGAAAUAUUUUACAACAACAACUAAUCUACCGCUUUACUUUGACUUAUAAAAGGUACCGAAACAAUGCCUAUAGAAAAUUAGUAUUUAAAUGUUCAAGGUUCAGUAAUCAUUAAGCUAAUGAGUUAUUGCCACGACAGAUCAGAUGACCUGAAUCCAAAAUCAGUCAGUCCUACAGGUGGCCCCCCCAACCAGAUUGUCGCAAUUUUUCUUUCUCCAAAAUUUCCCCUCCCAUGCGUGUCCAAGGAUUAACAGCUUGAAUACAUUUUAACAAUUAAUACACUGUUUUGUAAUGGGAAUUUUAUGUCUUCCUAUAUUUUGAAAUCCUGGCUACGUCACUGCUCAAUUCCAUUGCCAUGCAGUGGUUUUAGCCUGUUUAGGCAGAGUAGGUUAACAAACUAGUGUGCCUUAUGAGAUAAUCUAUUGAGCACCAGUGCUCUCUACUUAAAAUGUACUCUCUACUUAAAAUGUACUUCAUUUGGCAAUUAACAAAAGUUAGGGUUUCAUCAUAUAUGACAUAUAUAUAUGCUCCUAACCAGCUAUCUGAUAGUUUUUAAUUUUCAACAUUCCCAAGCCAUUAUUCUCAAGAUUUGUCGAUAGGUUUUCCGAAUAAGUACAGAAUUAUAUCACACUGUUCAUUUACAUUCUUCAAGUAGAUACAGCCUUGUAGGUUUACAGUAUAUGUUGUGUCUUAGUUAAAUCUGGCCACCAGUCAUGUUACUAGUAAGAUUUGUAGUUUGUUCACUUUGAAAUAGCGAAGGUUUUACGUGUUUUUAAGUAUUUAUACUUUAUAUCGCCCCUCUGUAUAUCGCUGACUAAGUAUUGCUGCUUUUGUAUAAGAUGUUCUUCUGCUCGCCAAAGGGCUUAUUUUACGUAUAAUUGUAUCUCUAUAAGUUGAUCAUUCUUGUCUGUAAACUCCGAAAGGUACACGAGAAGCAGUUUAAGACGUCUUUACAAGUCCAAAUUUUUAAAUAAUUUUAGUAUCGAACUGUCUUUAAGCCUCAUUUUGUAUUAUUUCUUGGAAUUAACCAAUUUUAUUGUUUACAACGUUUGUUACUCCAUCUUCACGUAAUAAAGAUUGCCGUUUUUUUCCAAGAAAGUCCAAAUUUAUCAUAAAUUGCAACAAAUAAGCAUUCUCACUCGUUGCGUAAUAAUAUGCCCAAUCAGCGUUUUUAGCUGGAGCUACUGUUCACUUUCGCUUCUGGGGGUUAUCCCAGGGCUUCUGAUGACAAAAAGCGCAGAAGCCCUGGGUACGAGGUUGAAAGUAUCCCACAAUGCACUGCACAUUCCAGAAGUCUGCUGUAUUAAAAAUUGUGUGACGUAAGCUAUUCUAAAAUCUAUUUAUGGUGUUUUUAUUCUAUUUUUUUUCUUAAAAAUAGACCUGUGUUAAGGAAUAAUUAUUCACCAAUGGUUUGUGUUCAGGAUGAAUUAUAAUAAUGUUCUUCCGACGUUUAACUCUGUCUGUCCUUCGCUGUCGAAAGCAGACAUUGGCAGUAUUUUUUAUUCUCACCUUAUUCCAUUCUUGUUCCCUAUAUAUAUUUCUUUGUAUCUGUUGUAGUUUUCUGUAUACUUAUAUUAAUAUAUUAAUCUAUUCUAUAAUGUGAUUCAUAUUUUUCGUUUACACUUUCUUUUGACUAAAUGCAUCUGAUUGAUUCAUUUUUGGCGUCUAUUGGAACAGCAGUCGCCACAUGCUGCCGGCAACAGGUUUAGUUAUAUCAUUAUAUACAGUGGACGGUUCACAACAGGCUCUAUAAGCUCGCACAUCUACGAGAGUUUCCGAACUGUUUACAAUAAAUGGUUUUGAUCAUUCAGAGAGUGUACUAACUGCGACACUCUUUAGUUAUAAAUACACUCAAUACUCAUUCUAUUUUUGCAAAUUUCAAGCGUCGAAGAAAAGGUAUUAAGAUUCUUGGAUUUUCAAAUUUGGCGCGCCUCUUCAGCGAGACAGCAAACUAGGUCUUUUAUAUCCACGGUUUUACACUUGAAAGUAGUAUACAAAAGGGGGUUGGCGUAUGUAUGACAUAAAUAAAAUGUGUAUGUAUGUAUGUCAUAAAAUAUAUAUUUUAAAUUGAAAUUUGUUUGCCUGUUUGAUAGUGUGUGCAGUGAGUGUUUGUUCUUUUUUAUUCCUCUUUUGUUGGACUAAUAUUUUUUCCCCAGACUUUGCACUCGAUGGUUCCGGCCGCUGCUAGUUAUGCAUAAUAUAUGAUAAAGGCAAGCGAUUUCCGAUCGCUGUCCGUCGGCACAAGCACUUCGAGUCGAAAAUUCUCCCCCAUCAAAUUGCUAUAUUCUUAAAAAAAAUUCGCUAGCUUCUAGAACACAUGCCAUUCUUCGAAAAUACUGAGAUGCUUCUGCUAUAGGUUUUGGACCAUAUUUUAACAAUGGAAAUCAAAAGCCAUUUUAUAGUGAACUCAGAAAAACCCUACGAUUACAGUUAUAAUAUAAUAAAACAAGCGUUGACUAUAAAUUACAUACCAUUUCAAGAAAGUUUCACAGUUUACUAUUUGAAGGAGUGCCCCGAAGUGACUUUUUGUUUCUCGGAAUUCCCUUUAAAUUAAUUGUUUACUGCGUGUUUGUGAAAUUUGCCCCUGUGGGAUUUUUUUAUCCGGGAGGUCGCGAAACCGGAUUACACCUCUCAUCUUCGCGCUUAUGGCGUUAAUCUCCUCAAACUAAUGUUUCCAAAAGAGAAGCAACUUAAAGAAGUUAUGGUAGGUGAAUAGGUUUGGAACCGGGACCAAAUUUUGAAGGAAUAAAUAAAUCGAGAUGCAUAUAUGGUAAAUUUAAACAGAGGUAAUCAGUUGCUUAGCACAAGUUAACAUGGCUUAUUUUUUCUGUCUCAAGCUCGCCGAGUGAAAUAAAGCCUAAUUUCUGUUUAAAUUUACCAUAUAUAUAUGUCUCGAUUUUUAUAUUCCUUUAAAAUUUGGUAAGGGUUCUAAACCUAUUCACUGCCGUCACUUCUUUGGGUUGCUUCUCUUUUGGAAAGCAUUGGUUUGGGGGAGGGGGAUAACGCCAUAUAAGCGUGACGAUAUGAGGUGUAAUCCCGUUUUGUAACAUCCCUGAUAAAAAAGUCCCACAGGGGCAAAUUUCACAAACGGUAAACAAUUAAAGGGACUUCCGGGAAACAAAAAGUCACUCCAGGACACUCUUUAAAUAGAAAACUGUGAAUAUUUUCUUGAAAUGGCAUGUAAUUUAUAGUCAACGACUGCUUAAUUAGAUUAAAACUACAUGACCAAUGCGAAAUGACGCCAUGAUGACGUCAUGGGUGGUGCUUUGUGCACCACCCACGCCAGAGCCCCACUUUUGUAUACUACUCUUAAACCAUGUGUUUUGCUAUAAAAUUGUGAUACUUUGUCUGUUUAAUAACUUAAGUCUUGUGGGAACAUGGAAGUAUCUUUACAGCAAUUUUGUUAGUCAUGAAGUGCGACUUAUUUCAAUUGCUAAUAAUAUACAUAGAAAUAUUACUCGACUGUUAUUGGUUGGUUUCAGUCCAUUUAAUCCCAAACAGCAGUGCAAAAAUCUGUAAUAACAGUGCAAAAAUCUGUAACAACAGUGCGUGCAGAAAUCUGUAACAAACUGAUCUGAUUGGUGGGAAAACAUUGUGAUGAUAAAAUCAACCAAUCAGUUUAAAGCAGUUUAGUUUAAAAAGUAAACGGUCACAGAUUGCUUCCAAACAAAACAAACAUGGAAAAGCAUUUACCUUAAACAAGACUAACAAAAAUUACAUAGUUGAGUGGAAUUUUUAAGCUGUUAGCGUUGUAUAAUGUGAUAUAACAAAGCCAGGAAAACUUUGCCAGUGGAAUGUUCGCUAUAAACGGAAGAAAACUACAAUUGUCUCGAACAUUUUUAUGUAAAUUAUUAAUAAGUAAUAACAUGGUUUCCCGUGAAAUUUGGAUAAACAUGCACUCGUGAGUUUGUGACUCGUGCUAUUCUGAGGUCUUUGAAAAACUCACUCGUGCAUUUUAUAUCCAAAUUGCACUCGAAACCAUGCUAUUACCUAUACUUAAAAUACUUCACACUUCUUUGAAUCCCAGGUAAUCGGGACCAUAUAAACGCCCCUGAGUUAGUCUUCAAGAAAGCCUUUAAAACUAUUGAAAGUCUCUUUAGUUUAAGCAAGAAAACAUUUCGAUAAAUUUGCGCUUUUGGACGACAUCAAUGUCUAUAUUUCUCUUUCAACACUGUCUUAUUGUUACUAAAAAUCUAAAACCUUAGUUAAAAUCUUACUAUUUACAAAUACAAAUUGGAAGAACAAAAUUUGUUGAUAGUUUGUAAAUUACUUGUAUGAUUUUAAUGUUUUAACUAAGAUUUUAGACCUCUAAGGUUUUAGGCCUUUAGCAUUUUAAUCAAGUGGAUUUUUAAAACAUUUUUUUUAAACCAAACAUGCAAGGAUCAUUGUUCUAAUUUUAAUUACUAGGCCAUUCAAGAUCCUGGCAUCGUGUUAUAAUAACACUUGAAAGUGCUAUAAAAAGCAGUCCAUCAAACAUUCAGUUGAAGUUGCUUGUUUCACGUUUGUAUUGCGUACUUGGUAAGAAGUUAAAUUCAUAUGAUUUAUAUAUAACCAUGCAUGCCUGUAGAUUUUUUAUAUUUUGAGCUAGGGGUAAGUUUAUUUAUUUAGCUUCGCCUAUAAUUACACAUUGUCAAUCGAACAACACAUACCUACAUCCAUUCCUGUUCAACCCAAAAUGGGAAAACGUCAACGCAAAUGAAAGUAAAACAAAAACAUGUACCCUUGAUCGCUAAACUAGGACGGAUUACAUUUUUAUAAUCAUAUACCUUCAUUUUAAAAUACGGAAAAUUGCUCAAAAACCUGGCAUGGACCUGGACAAAUCAUAUCGAAACGCAGCAAAUGCGCCAAGCCUCCCACGUUUCUAGGUUAAUUGAACAAGAAGGUAACAAGAACAAAAACGCGGAGACACCACAACAGCUUAGAACCGAUUACUGUUGGCCAUUGGAUAUAGGAAACACACAACUAAUAUAUAACUUGUAACUGAUAAUUGAUAGUGUAUAUACUUGUAGUAAUAUAUAGCAGCACGUCAAUGGCUGCAUGAGUUUGCGUGAUGUGUUACAUUUCAGGCAAACUGUUCUCGACGUUCUGGCUUCCUCCACAUCCUAAAUUGUCUUGGCAGCGUUGUGAUAGUAGUGCAGCAAUAAUGUUCUAAAUCGUGCUAGCAAUAAAUCCUUUUUCUUUUGAUCUUCUGGCAGAGAAUUGUUAGUUCUUAUUACUCUGACGAAGAACGAGCGUUGGUAUGUCAGCGUUUUACAUAUGCGAGGAUGGAACGGGAGUACGUUUUUAUCAACCCAGGUUAUAGUGAGCCCGGAUGAUUAUAAUAUAUGUUGUUUAUAACUUUAAAGAAAAACAUAAUGUCAAGGUACUCGUGCCAGUAGGUGAUUGGUAGUAAGUCUAAGGAGAUCAGUCUGUAUUUGUACGUUUGCAUGUGUACACGACUGGUAACUUAAAAAGGAACUUUGUAGCUUGUCGUUGGAUGCGCUCUGUGCUUGUAAUUAAGCCGAGCGAUUGUGGUAACCAGACCUGCAUGAGUAGCGUAACCUAACGUUGCAUGAGCUAACAAUUGAUAGGUACAGGGUAGGGCUUAUCUUGACAUCUGUAAUUUCCUUUGCAGCCCUAUGCAGGAAACAAAACAUCUUGUUUGUUUUUGCACAGCGAUCGCGGGUAUAGUAAGACCAGUUUUAUAGUAAGUCCCUCGGUUACCACCAGGGACUUGCUAUUGAUCUUGUACUCAUGUAUGAUAGGAUUUCUUUUCCUUGUUGCACGCUGACAUUUGCAUUUGUCUUGGUUGAAAAGAAGGCAUGAAGAUGUUGACCAAUUCUCCAAACUGUGUUUUCCUGCUUCAUCUCUGCUUUUCAGCCAAAAAUAUAAAGAAAACUAUAGAGUUUUUAAAAUACAAAAUUUAUCAGAAUCCAAGAAAUAAUGCGCAUUAACUCACACCAUAAACUCACACAACUCGUUUUCUAUUUCUUAACCCUUUAAGUGGCAAUGCGCCCAGAUGUGCCCUACUUUAUUGUUUUACUUUGUCUAAUGCCAGAUUAUUUUACUCUGUCUAACGCCAGACGAUUUUACUAAUCCGGGAGAGAGUGCUGCCACUCAUUGGGUUAAUCAGACGUGCACUCUGUUAGCCGUUUAAGUGGCAAUAUAACCUGAGAUUAGGCUUUAUUUUACAAAUCUAGCCUGACACAAACAUUAGUGCGAUACCUUUCCACCCGCAGCAAAGUUUAUAUUUAGUAUCCAAUCAAAAUGUCGCAGGAAUAAUUUAAAUUUCACACAACGACAACAACAAUCUAAUUAUAGUUGUGAUCACUAUAAAAUAUAUUAUCAACAAUAGUAUAAUCUAAUUAGCAGCAACCAAUCAAAUGACAGAUUAAAAAAUCUUUUGUCUCAUAGACCAAUUAGAUUUACGGAAAUACCGUUGUAAGGCAUGGACUUUUGUUAAGUUUUGUAUCAGGCCUAUUUAUUUAUCUAUAUAGACCUGAUUGCAGGUUAGUGGCAAGGUGCCCAGAUGCGCCCUACUUCAUUAUUUUACUCUGUCUAGCCAGACUAUUUUACUCUUUUUAACAUCAGACGAUUUUACUCGUCAGGGGGAGAGUGCUGCCACUCAAUGGGUUCAUCAGACUAUCUGCCCAUGCACUCUGUUAACCGUUUAAGUGGCAAUGCGCCCAGAUGCGUCCUACUUUUAUUAUUAUAGGCUAUUACUUGGUCUAAACGCCAGAUUAUUUUAGUUUGUCUAACGCCAGACGAUUUUACUCAUCAGGGGGAGAGUGCUGCCACUCAAUGGGUUAAAUACAGGAUGGCAUUCAAUGAUUCUAUUGUAAAUUCUUUCUUUCUUGAGAUAUAGCAGUUAGUUGAAAAUUUUCGCUCUUUAUGAAGGAAAAUAACGGAUAUUCUGCGCACCCUCCAGAGAAAUCCUGACAAAAUUUAUACAGCUAAGACUGUCUAAAUUAUAUUCCGUUCAUUUCGCAUAAUAAAGAAUGGCAUGGCAGGUUAUUGCGGUUUUAUUAUGAAAAUCAUCUGUCUGGCUCUACUUCCGAAUGUUUAAGUAGAGUCACAAAUGUGAAAUUAGAACCAUUUGUCUUAUCACAAAAUUAAGGCUAGAAAUUUGAACCCCCUACAUAUUGGCUGACAAAUUGGUUUUUCCCAAUUUCCCUUCCCUUUUCUCCUGCACCAGUGCAUCGAAUUUUAGCAGUUACUUUUAUGUCUUUUUCCUGUAGCGUAGUUAUGCAUUUUCUAAAUAAAUUGACCCUGAAAGCCUCUUUGGAAGAAAGAACAUGUUUACAAUAUAGUUGACCCACAUGGCCCCGUUCAAUGUUAUGUAGACAAAGCGUUGUUAUCCAAUAACCCAGCAUUGUCCAGGGUGGGGAGACAGGGAUGCUGUUAUCAUGCUAAGCAGUAUUUGAAAAUGAGCACUUAUUGUUUACUGCAAGCACCUUUCACCUCUGCGUUUGUGGGUUCGAUUCUCGCAAAACGGACUUGUGUGAAAAGAGUCAGUCAACGCUCGUGGGCUUUCUCUGGUGCUCCUGUUUCUUCCAGAGGGAAAUCUGACAGGGUGGGUUAGGAUAAACACAGUUAGAAAGUGAUUUCACAAUUGUUGUAAAGAUAAAAUAGGCUAGGCCAAGUAAGUGUAAUUAGGUAAGCGUAAUGCUUGAUUUAAAGCACAUUUGAUCAUACCCACACCAAUUUUAUGCACAACCCAAAUAUUGUAUCAGAAAGUUAACCAGGUUCCAACCUAUAAGUUGCUAAGGGUUAAAACUAGCGAUGACUUAAGUAGUUUUUAACUUUUCCCUGUUUAUUGGGAUGCCCUAAGCGCCAUAAAAGUUAUUCCCUAUUAAAUUUUCUUUUGUUAUUUUAUAUAAUUUUAUAUAGUUUUUAAUGUAAUUACAUAUACUUCGUUCACACUAAAUUCCCUGAAGAUGGGUACAAAGUAAGCAUUGUACAAGACAAAACUUUUGUUUUCUCUAUAUUUUUUAAUCACACAAAUCAGUUCUUAAUUUAAGUUGGUAAACUAAAUAUCCUUUUCUAGGUUUCGAGUUAUAGAUUAAAUACCCCUUAUCUUGAAGAAUUAAUAAUUAGGAUUUUUAUCUUCCAGGAGCUGUUGGACCAUGCGUAAUGUAUAUGGAUAGCAUGGAGUUUAAACAUAUACUUUAUGACACAUUAGGGUAAUGUUUUUAAUAUUAAUUUUAUUUAUUAUUUAAAUGUUUAGUACUUAUUUUAAUAUGUUAAGUAUUUUUUACAGGGGCAUUUUCAACAAGAUUUUGUAAUUAUUUUGCUAGAUAACAACACCCUCCAGACAUUUACUUAGUAAAGCAGUGUAAUUAUAUACGAGUCUUUCCUUCCUAGGUUAAACGUGUCAAGAUAUGCAGCACCAUUGGGUCAUUUUAAAUCAGCUAAGGAUUUUUAUAGUUUAGCUUUGAAAUUCUAUCAAGCUAAUAAGAAAGAUGUGAGUUUUUGCUGUAAACAUGAUGCUGUGGUCUGUGCUAUCUUUAAGGAAGUAACAAGAGUAUAG